GUCACGGCCGGGAGGGAGGGAGCCGCCGCCGCCGCCUCCUUCUCCGCCGCCAAGCCCGGCCCGCCCGGGGGACCCGUCCUCGCCUGGGACUAGCGCGCCAGGCUGGGCUGGCCGGGCCGGCGCCGAAGGAGGGGGACGGCGACGAGGCAGCGGGCGCCGCGGAGGGCCGCCGCCGCGGGCAGAGCCGGGCUGCCCCCAGACGACGAGCCAGGGCCCCGCAGCGACGAGGUGAGUCAGCCCUUCGGUAGCCAAGGUGGCCACGGAAAAUGGCUGCGGAGCGAGCGAGGGGAGGGCGGCGGGCGGGCGGGCGCCGGCCGGGGAAGCCGCGGACGGAGCCCUCGCCGAGGAAGGGGGCGACUGUGCUGGGGGGGCGCCUCUUUGCACAACACUCGCCCGAGGGCGCGGCUGGGCGGGCAGGUAAGUAAGUAGCCGCCUCGCUUCCCUCUCCCCCCCUCCUCCUUCUCUGUUGGGGCGAGCGCUGAGCUCGGCCCCUUCCUCUCCCUCCCUCCCCUUCCAGCGCCUCCUUCUCUUCCCUGCCUGCCUGCCUGCCCGCUCGCUCGCUCUUUUUUCUUUCCCUCCACCCCUCCCCGUUUCAUUAAAUCCGGUGAGUGACGCGGCCGCGGCCCAAUGGGCGGUCGCAGAGGACGGCGAGUAUUCGGGGAUGGAACGUAGGGGCGGGCCGCCAAAGAACGGAGUGACUUUGGAAGCGCCGUCGCGGGGAAGGAGGAGGGGAGGCCAGGCAGGCAGGCGGGAGGGUCGCGUCUGUGUCUUCUCGCCUUCCGUUCUUAUCGCCCUGUGCAAGGGAACGGAGAGAGAGGCCGCGCGGUCCGCAACCGGUUGCAGCUUAAGCUUGCCGUGCAACAACAUGCACGGGGGGAAAGAAAGCGGCGCAGCGGUCACGAGGGCGUUGCACCGGGAGGCCUGUCUUUGGGAUGGGGCCGGGCGGACUGGAAUGGGCUCCGAGGGAGGGUGGCUGCGCGACUUGUGCCUAUGAGCGCUUGGUGCGGGUACGUGGACGACAGAGAGGUAUAUGGAGGUUUGGUUUGCAGGACGCAUCCACGAUGCCUUUCCGGGCAGGAAGUAACCAACAGUCGGCACUACGUGGGUCCUCGUUUUUGCGUGCUUUCCUGCUCCCGUAGAGAAGGGUGCGGUGGAUGUUGCAAACCUAUUCUUCAGCUAUACAUAUAUCUCCCCAACACAAAUGAUCAGAAACUCAUCUCUCCCCCCCCCACCCCCACAAAUGGUCAGAAACGGGGGCAAGUCCAGAGGUUUUUUUAGCUUAGUGAAAAAAGCAAGUGGGUGAGGGGAACAUGAAAGAGGUGGGUAGACUGAUGUCUGGUUCCUGUAAAUUCCUAUAAAUUCUGAUAGUUGUUACAAAAGACCUUUUGCUUAAUUACUUGUGGUCCCCAAUCUAAGGAAUAAUGAUUACUAGACAUCAUUUUAUAUCUGUAAUGAUUUAAUAAUUUUGGCAUGUAUGCUUUGACACAACUUUGUUAAUCUAUUCAGAAACGUUUAUUUGUGUGUUCAUUGCUGUUUUGCUUUUGUUUUUAACCAUGUAAUUGUUGCACGUCAUAAGCUCUAAUGUAAACAAAGAUACAUCUCAAUGCAACCGUACUUAAAGAUGAAAAUGAAUAAAGCUAAGUUAGAAAAAAUAAUGUCUUGUGUGGUGAAAAUGAGUAGGGAGAAGCGUCUCAAAACCUAGGGAAGCUGAAUGAUCGCAGAUUCAGGGCAUACAAAGGAAAGAAUUUCUUCAUGCAACAUGUAAAUUAGGCUUCACCUGCCUUGUAAAUCUAAAGCACUUGCAUAGGACUUUAAGCAGUUUAGCCUUCUCUCAAAGAAUCAUGGGAACUAUAGUUUGUUGGGAGUGCUCAGUGUUGUUGGGAGACCUGUGUUUCCCCUCAGAGCUACAAUUUCCCGAGUUCCCUGGGAAGAGUGAUUGGUUCUUAAAGCCUUCUAGGAAUUGUAGCUUCAUGAGGGGAAUAGGGUGUUUCCCAAAGGACUCUUAACAAACUACAGUUCCUGGGAUCUUGUGCGGGGUGUGUGUGUGUGGAGAGAAACAUGACUGUGCUUUAAAUGUAUACUGCAGAUGGGGCCUCAAACUGUGGAGUCUGUUACCGGCUGUGAUGGCUCUGAAAUGGGAUUAGGUGAAAUCAUGAAGGAUAAGUCUCAAUGGAUGCUAGUCAAGAUGACUGCUACCUCCAGGAUCAGACACAGCAUGCCCCUGAAUACCAGUUGCUAAGGAGAAACAGCAGGAGAGGGCAAUUGUGCUUGUGUCCUGCUUUGGGCCUCUCAAAUGCAUCUGGUUUGCUCUCCUGAGAACAGAACGCUGGACCAGAUAAGCAUUUGGUUUGAUCCAACAGGGCUCUUUGCUUGAUUCCUUUUCAUUGGCUAUAAUAAGAAUAUCCAUAUUGGUCCAGGUCAACUUUAUGCUGCUGAAGUGAUUCUUCCUUUAUAACCUAUACUGUAGUUUAAACAAAUCUUCAUCAGACUGACUACUUGAGUUUAAGCCACACUGGAAAAGGGUGUGCAUAGAACUGUAGCCCCUGAAGGAGUUGAAAUACUGUAUAAAGGACAGAUCCAAAAAUGAAGUACACGUAGCCCUAAGUAGUUGGAUGAACUUAUCUGGCUAUGAUAUGUGUGUGAAUGAAUUGGCAUUACCAGCUAUAUAGAAAGGGAAUAUACAUGCUUAAGUUUGAAUUAAUUCCAUAUUGGUGGUCAAGGAAUUUGAUUUAUCCAGAUUUGCAGAGAAAACGUGGCAACCAGAAUUGAAUAUUUUUGUUCUUCUGUGCUCAAACAUCUCCAUCAUUUUUUAGGUUACAUUUGUGCAGUAAAUGCAAAUCAUCCUAACACUAAACAAAUAUUUACUAUGUUUUUGACACUUUGCGGUUGAAUUCUAGAAAUAAGUUGAUAGCUUGUUGGUUCAUAUUUGAAGUAAAAAUAAUAGUUAAGCAUGCUACCAUUUGCCAUCUGUAGUGUAGUAGAAAAUACAUGCAAUGGCAUAUGAAGAAGUGAAUUGUUAUUUGGCAUAGAAUGCUUUUUUAUUAGAUGAUUUUGAGGGAUUUUGUGUUAAGGCUGUUGCAGAAGAAACAAGAUCUGCAUGUUUCAUGUUGCAGUGAUAAAUACUUGGGAGACUGAUUUUUAUUCAUUGUUUAAUAAGGUUGUGAUCCUGUGCAGUUUACCCUCCCAGAACAAAUCCCAAAUAAAGCGUUUGAGUAGUGGGAGCUUUUUGGCUCCUAGCUGGGGUGGAUAGGUGGGCAGUUCUAUCCUAGUUGUGUAUUUUCCACUCCACGCACUUCUCCAUCUACAUAUACCGUAUUUUUCGCCCCAUAGGGCGCACCGGCCCAUAGGACACACCUAGUUUUUUUAGGGUGGGGGGAAAUAAAGAAAAAAAAUUAUUUCCCCCCCAGGCGCGGGGCUGGGGCGGGGGAAGCCCGAGCUUCCCACGACCCCAGCCCCCAGAACAGACAGCUCUCCGCAAGCCUUGGAGACCGGUGCUGGGCUCCCACGCCUUGUGGAUAUCUGCCUGAAGCCCAAACCAGGUCGGGCGACAGCGGGAAGGCGCACUGUGCCUCCCCGCUGUCCCCCGAGCUUCUGGGGCUGGCAGCGGGGAGAAGCGCGCUUCUCCCCACCGCCAGCCUCCAAACCAGGUCGGGGAACCGAAGCCCGGGGCGCGCACAGCGAGAUGCUUCGAGAUGCAGGCUGCUAUCCACAAGCCUAGGCUCCCAAGGCUUGCGGAGAGCUUCCUGAAGCCUGGAGAGCGAGAGGGGAGAAAGAGCGCGCACCAACUCCUCUCACUCUCCAGGCUUCAGCAAAAGCCUGCAUUCGCCCCAUAGGACGCACACACAUUUCCCCUUCAUUUUUGGAGGGGGAAAAGUGCGUCCUAUAGGGCGAAAAGGGGCGCGGGUGGCGCUGUGGGUAAAACCACAGUGCCUAGGGCUUGCCGAUCGUAUGGUCGGCGGUUCGAAUUCCUGCGGCGGGGUGAGCUCCCGUCUUUCGGUCCCAGCUCCUGCCCACCUAGCAGUUCGAAAGCACCCCUAAGUGCAAGUAGAUAAAUAGGUACCGCUUUAUAGCGGGAAGGUAAUCGGCAUUUCCGUGUGCUGCGCUGGUGCUGGCUCGCCAGAGCAGCUUCGUCACGCUGGCCACGUGACCCGGAAGCGUCUCCGGACAGCGCUGGCCCCCGGCCUCUUAAGUGAGAUGGGCGCACAACCCUAGAGUCGGACACGACUGGCCCGUACGGGCAGGGGUACCUUUACCUUUACCUAUAGGGCGAAAAAUACGGUAAUCUCUGUGGGUGGGAAGGUGGUUGAGUGAGUGGUCUCUCUUGGCAGCUUAAUCCACAACUGGACACCAGUUCUCUGCACUGCGGAUCUGUAUUCUAAACUGAGCAUGACACUGAGAGCCCUGCUAGAUCACCAGUAUUCUGUUCUCACAGUGGCUGACCAGAUGCCUAAGAGACCUGAGUGCAACAGCGCUCUUCCCACUUGCGAUUCCCAGCAGUUGCUAUUCAGAGGCACACUUCCUCUGAAAUUGUAGGUAGAAAAUAGCCAUCAUGGCCAGCCUCAUUUACCUGAAACUGAGACUGCCAUAAUCUCAAUCAGAUUAGAGAUUAAUAAAGAGAACUGUACCAAAUCAAUCUUGUUAAUCUUUCUAUGGUCUUUGAUAGUGUUGUUCGUGGCAUGUUUACUAACAUACUAACAGUUUACUAACAGUCCAUACAAUGGACUGUGGGACAUUGUUACAGUUUGUGGAUGAUAAAGCCCUUGGUGUACGGUGUAAAACUUGAAAUUAGCAUUUCUGACCAGCUGAUGGGACAGUAGCCAACUACUGUGUCCUGUCGUAGCAAGGAUAUAUACUUUUGCAUCUGAAGUUCUCUUUCUCUCAUUCAAGCCCUGUACCCUCUCCAAAUCUGCUCCAGAGGAUUGGGGGAACCAUGAACAGAUUUAGGAGGCAGGUAGGGGAGGAGACGAGCUGAUUGUAUUGUGCAAGCAGGAAUCUGUGCACUGACACAACAUUCAUAAAGUACUAGGUUGGAUAUAUUCCUUAGUGUCUGUUGCAGAAUGCAGUCUUAAAAUGUGGAAAGUUGCCAUUGGUCUGCUUCUGGCAAGUCAUGAAUGUGUCCUCCAGUUUCACUAAGCCAAGUGGGACAGAUUGUGCAGAGUCUCGUGUCUCUGUUGAGGCUUUGUCAAUAGACUACUGAGCCUCUUGGGCUUGCCGAUCUGAAGGCCGGCGGUUCAAAUCUCUGCGACAGGGUGAGCUCCCAUUGCUGUGUCCCAGCUUCUGCCAACCUAGCAGUUCAAGAGCUUACCAGUGUGAGUGGAUAAAUAGGUACCACUGUGAUGGGAAAGUAAAUGGUGUUUCCAUGCGCUCUGGUUUCCAUCACGGUGUUCCGUUGCGCCAGAAGCGGUUUAGUCAUGCUGGCCACAUGACCCAGAAAACUGGACAAGCACCAGCUCCCUCGACCUGAAGCAAGAUGUGCGCCACAACCCCAUAGUUGCGUUUGACUGGACUUGACUGUCCAGGGGUCCUAUACCUUUACCUGUGUGUUUCAAAGUAGCAGAGAAGAGGGAGUGUUGGCUAUUUAAAUUCUAGACAUAAAUACACUUUUGCUAUUGCUUACUUUAAUUUUUCUACUUAAUUCACUAACAAUCACAUAGUGUUUCCAGAUGUGUCUUUAACUUAGGGCUUGAGCUGGUUUUCAACAUUGCGAUAUACUACCAGCUAAACAACACAAUAUACCGCUAUAUCAUGAUGUCUGAAAUAAAAAUGGAGAUAUGUUAGAGGCAUUGGGUAGUUUCACAGUUUUCCCCACAUUGUGAUUUUUGCAUGAUUCACAAUAUAUUGGUAGGUCAGAAAUUAUGAAACUGAUAACACGAUAUGGACUUCAAACUAGUUUUGGACAAUAUAUUACCCAGCCCUAACACACAUCUUGGUUUGUGAUAUAUUGUCAGGUCAAAUCAAUAUAACAAUACAGACUUCAAAACUGUUUUGGAUGCCCAGGUCUAUUAACCAUUCUAGUCCACUUUAGAACAGAAAAAGAACUGACUGAGCGAGGCAGGUGUACUUGUUUGCUAAACUGCGGGUCUGAGAUAGGUAUGAGGUAAGAAGGCAGUGCAGGCAAUUUCUGAAAAGAUGUAGAGCAGGUCUGAACUGGAAAACACUAGCAUAGUGAUAGCUUUAAUGUACUACACUCAACAUGCAGUACUUACCUAUAAAAUAAACAUACAAGAGAGCUGCCAUCUGGCCAGUUUUAAACCAGUCUGACAGCUUUUCUUGGCAUUUUAAACGUAUGCUUAAGAGACCUCCCCCCCAUUACAAGAGAAGAGAAUGGUGGCAAGAUCUGAUAAUUAUAAAUUACUGCAUUGGCUGUUUUGAAGCAUUUUUAUGAAAUUGACAGACAAAACAGUAAAUUUGACCAUCUCCUUUAGCUUCAGAUGUGACACCUUUCUUUGAACAGGGUUAUAACAACUUGCUGGUGUUAAGCAUAAAUCGUUUUGCCAUUAGUAGGGGAAUAUACACACAACUCUGUAUACCAGACAUAGCAUGCAGUUUCUGGUGCAGAGUCCUGUAUUGUAAUGAAAAGUGUGGAAAACUUGCUACUACAAUGCAUCUAGUGAUUGCUAUUACAGCUAUAUCCCACUAUUCCUCCAAGGAGCUCCAAGUGGUGUGUGUAGUUGUUAGAACUAAUUUAAACUUUUGAAUUCUCACAUGUAAUCCAUUUUUUUAAAAAAUCCAGUGGCAUUUCAAAUGCAUUUGGGGCCUCAGAACUUGUGGAAAACUUACGGUGAAAUAGGAAGUACAAUGAGAAAAAUUUGGGGGCAAGCUUUUCAAUUCCAGAGGAAAAAAACAUUGUUAAUGUUUUUCCCAAGCAAUAAAAAACAUGAUGUGUAAGAAGGGCCUCUGAAAGUGCUCAGUAUGGGAAGGCCUCAGGGCAUGGUCUGAAGGGGCUUGAUGGUUGCCCCUGUGUGGAAGCCAACUGUCAGGAUCAAAGUUGCCUGUGAAUGCAUCCAUGAAUAGCCAUAUGACCCUCUCUAUUUGGAAUAUGUUUUCGUAAAGUCACCCAUACUUUUUAGUACUGUUAUGCUGUUGGUUUAACCGAUUGAUUUAAUCACUUGUAUUUGUGUUUGAUGCUUUUGCAUCAAAGGCAGCCCUGGGGUUUCUUGAUGGUUUGGGACUGACCAGUCCCAGCAAUCUGCAUGGUAGAUCGUUAGCAUGGGAACUCUGUGUGCACUGCCAUUUGAGUUCCAUGAAAUAAGUGUGGGAUAUAAAUGAGAACACAGCAAGAUGUAGAAUGCUUCAAAAGUAAUUGGGGGAGUAUAGCAGGAGACUUAGAUCCUUGUUUCUCUAUCCUGUUCCAGGCUCUGUUUUAACUGAUUUGAGAGCAGGGAGCAUUCCCAUCAGUUACCAUAUUGCUAAUGUACUCUGCAGUGCAUUUGUAGCAUGAUGGAGCUUCAAUAAAUAUGAUACUAAGAUAUGAGGAAGGGGUUUGGCACGGUGCAUUGUGCUUAUUUGCAACUAACUUUUCUUCUUGCCCUGCUGUGCGAUAUCAAUCCUUAGGUAAAGGGACCCCUGAACCAUUAGGUCCAGUCGUGGCCGACUCUGGGGUUGUGGCGCUCAUCUCGCUUUAUUGGCCGAGGGAGCUGGCGUACAACUUCCAGGUCAUGUGGCCAGCAUGACUAAGCUGCUUCUGGUGAACCAGAGCAGCGCACAGAAACACUUUUUACCUUCCCACCGGAGCGGUACCUAUUUAUCUACUUGUCUACUUGCACUUUGACGUGCUUUCGAAUUGCUAGGUUGGCAGGAGCAGGAACCGAGCAAUGGGACCUCACCCCAUUGCAAGGAUUUGAACCACCAACCAUCUGAUUGGCAAGUCCUAGGCUCUGUGGUUUAACCCACAGCGCCACCUUAGGGUAACUUCUGUUUCAAUUCUCUUAAAUCCAUUAGAAGCAUCACGUGGCUAUUCUACAGCUAACUUCACCUUGGCAUUUACAUCAAUCUUGUGACCCAGCAAUAUUUUCUUCAUUCUUAAGGUGUGACCAACAGUUCUAUAGACACUUAGACACAAUGAGUAAAGUCCAGUGGUAGAAGGCCGUUUGUGCAGCCAAUCUGCCUACCUCCCCAGGACGACACAAUACUGGGAGGGGGCUCCUGAACAACAUCCCUUGUGUUGCACAGAACUGCAGUGUGAGGGGAGAAUUGCCUGAAGGCAGGUGGUGCAUGGGUGUCCUGUACCAGUGGUGUCUGGCUCUAUGCAAUAUUGCAAUUUUAAGUUUGCAAGGGGUUAUGCCAUGCAUAUAACCCAAUAUUUGCAAUACAGUUUUACCAUAUUUUUCCAUCUAUAAGACGGCCCCUAUUUGGGGGGACUCCGAUUUAAGAAAAUGGGGGGAAUUGUAUCUGCGUAUAAGACACCCCCUAAUUUCUGACAUUAUUUUUUAGGGAAAACUAGUCUUAUACACGGAAAAAUGCUGUAUUUUGUUUUGCAUGAAUGAUGCUAAGGCAACAAGUUGAGGGAUAUUCUGAAAAACAGUAUAUCCAUAUAAGAUCUAAACCAAAUACUGCAAAAAGGCAUCAAUAUUAUUUUGACUGGAAGUUUUGCACCAAGCCUCAAGGCCCAUGUAAUCAUGGUUGCAGAAUUAACCUAGUCUUCUUUAUCCUGCUGUCUCCAUAGCACUUCAGCUUAUUGAACAGCUAUGAAUAGCUUGGAUUCUCAGAAACCCAGGACCUGAGUAAGACAGGACUUCUGGAAGUUUAAAACCAGCAGCUUCAGUUAAACUUAGAAAUUUAUGAUCAGCACUCAUUCCCUGUUGAGUGCAUGGCAAGACUUUAGGUAGGGUGCCCAGUUAAGCAAGCAAGAAGCUUAGACAAAGCACUUGCAACUGGAUUAACACCUGUAGCUGCAAAAGCUGCCCAUCUCGGUCAGAUGAGCCAGGCAGAAGAAUGCUGCAAGAAGACUGACAAAGCUUUCUGAAGACACCAAUGUUCUAUUAAUGCUACAUGCCACCCCAAAAGAUUCCAGGGGUACCAGGCGCACUUACCAAGGUCUCUGUUUCCUUCUGGAAAAAUGAGGCACAGCAGAGACUAUGAUGUCUUUAUGACAUAUGAUUUAUUUACACAUAUAUACAACCUGAAGCCUAGCAUUCCCCCCAUUCCAGGGGGUCUCCCUUGCUCUUCCUAUAGAUGCACAUGGCAGGCUUGGCUUUAAAAGCAGAGAAAUCAGCCAUGCUCUGUGUCUCUUUGUUACAGCCCAUCCCAGUUUGCUCACAUGGUGUCCUUGCUAGCUACCAGCAACAUACAAACAAAUAUAAGCAACUGUGAGGUUUGGUUCAUCAGUUGAUUGCUGUGGUCUGUGAUAACAGAAAUAUGACCCAUGAGCUGGAAUUAAUAAAGUUGCGUAACUUAGUGUGCAAAUCCACCCCCUCCCCCCACCUUUUUAUUGACGCACUUGCUCAUGUCGACCAAUGUUAUUUUUACAAGCCUGGUAUAAAUACUUUUGGGUUUGGUGCACAUCACUCUCAUGUUCUUGGCACUGGCAAAGGCAUAAGAGAGAAGCAGAAAAGAAAACAAUGUUCGUUCGUUCACUUUAAGUGUCAUAUAGAGCUGCACGUGGGAAUCUAGAACAGAAAUGUGUUGGGCAUCAAGCUGUCUAUUUCCAUCAGGCUCCCCCACCGCCAUUGCUGGUUGGUUCCUCAUUGGAGACUGGCUGACCUUUAAGCCUUUUUUAUAGUAGCUGGAUGAGUUGAUGAAAUUGGGAGUUCUUAUGCUGGGGAGCACCUCACUCCCCAAAGAGAGGUGCCUCCUCACACCGCCGCCCCCCAGGGGCUUGGGAAGAGGAUGCCUCCAUCCUUGUGAGGCCAGCACCUUCCUCACCUUAGGAGGCAGCAUUGGCAGCAGCGGGUGCUGCCGGGCCUGCAUGACUGAAAGGCUCCUCUUUGGCGCUGGGCACUCAGCUCCCAGGCAGGCCUUGCACACAGCAAGCACAAGAAAGACCAGUGUACUGCCUGCCUGCCCAACCUCCUGUUUUCCCGUCCAUUCCCAACAGCAAGGGCUGUGGGGCUGGGUUCCUUUGCCCUCUUGCUUGCUUACUCCGAGGCUGCCUUAGCUCCUGGCAACCAGCACGCCCUGGCCAGCCCCAGAGGCACCAUUCACCUGGGGAGCUUGUAGCCAGGGCUGCUGCAACAAACAGCUGUGCAAGCCUUUGGGAGGCAGAGACAUGAGAGGGCAUCAGAGAAAGGGAGGGAGGGGAGGAAGGAAGGAAGGAAGGAAAGAGGGAUGGAGGCCAGUGUUGCCUACGGCACCCCUGACCAUCAUUCAAGGCACCCCAAGGUGCCAUGACACACUGGUUGAAAACUACACCAAAGGUUUGAGACUCAUCAGCUAACCUCACCUGGUUUACCUCUCUCUGACACCUCCAAGGCCUAGUGAUGGUGAGCAAAAAUGGUGGUGAGCAAAAAUGAUUCAACACCCUUUAGGUUCCAGCAGCAAUUUACCAUUUUUUGUUGAGUAAUAUUUAGGUAUUGAGGUAUGUACUGUAAUAAAUUUAUUUAUGACAGCCCAAACAGGAAUAUGAUACCAAAAAGAAUUAUAAUUAACAAAAGUUCGACAAGUUGCAGGAAUGGAGACAUCAGUGUUUUAAAUGAGCUUGAGAGAGGAGGACAUAACUGUUUGGCAGGCCUUUCCGGAAAAGAUACAUUUAUAGAUACUGUAACGGAAAAGACUUUGUUCAUGUAUUAGACCAUACCUUCAGUGUUACAUAAACUAUUCUUUUAAGUUCUCGGUAAACUAAAUGUAUGGCUUACCUUUUUAAAAGGUGUUUUUUCUCUGCAUAGCUAUUUUUGGAAUAUAGUUUACCUUUGCUUCAGUUCAAUGAAGGUUUGUUUUGAAUAUAUUUCAUGCAAUCUCUCCUCUAAAAUCUGGCACCAGAUUCAGGGUUUUCUGAUAAGACCAGAAUUGGCAGCGGAGGCAUUGGGGAGCAAGGUGGAGGAAGAGGGCCUGGCUUUUUAAAAUGGAAACCUUGUGCGUGGCUGUAUUCAGUGUUCUCACUAGUUCCGAAAUGUCCUUUGGAAGAGUUUCAAGAGCCUUUUCUACCUUGAAUUGUUUGUGCCAAAGCUUGUAUCUGCAAGAAGCGUUGCUGUUUGGAAUGGAAGAUGCCAGAGGAGACCCCUCCCUCCAGAAGCUACUGCAUGCACGGAAUGCUUCUUUUUCUUUAUAUCGCUAUUUCCUUCCAAUGCUGCCGCAUUGCAUUUCAUGCAUCUAGCAUGAAUUCCUUAGUUAUUUUUCUUUUAAAAAAUGUUUCAUAGAAUCAUAGCAUUCUGGAUUUGGAAGGGACCCUGAGGAUCAUCUAGUCCAACCCGCUUCAGUGUAGGAAUAUGCUGCUGUUCCAUAUAGGGAUCAGACCUUCAACCUUGGCAUUAUCAGUGCCACACUCUAACCAACUGAGCUGCCAAUGGUGAAUUUUAUUAUUUCCGUUGGCAAGUGAACACAUACUUGCAUGUUUUGAUAAUGGGUUGCCUCGGAACAUUCAAAUAAGCUGCUGUCCACAGGACUUAGGGGUAGUUCUUGUGGGUUGGACGUCAUACUCAUCUGCAACAAAUCCCGAGCCCCAUGAAUAAUGGGUGCUGGACACUCCAGACAGGCAAAGAUUGUUGUCUGAAGUAAUUAACCAUAACAUGAAGACAGACGUGCUUUUGGUGGUAGGAUGGAAAGAGAAAAGCCUCUUGUGACCUCCCUGCACAGCAGUAUUUAUCAUCUUUUCAGUCUGUGUGAGAGUCCUAGAGGCCAGAAGGGUACACUGGGCUGGAAAGGCGACAUGGCUAGUAUGUGUUUCUGCAAACUAUUGAUGCAUUCCUGGCUGCUACUGGAAAUCAUUCCAAGAUUGAUUCAAGUUGCUGAGUGUCACAGGAGGGGGACCCAGAUGCUUUACAAAAAGAGGUGUGUGUGUGUGUGUGUGUGUGUGUAGAUAUAUACGGCUGACUUUCCCAGGAUCUGCCCUUUUCUUGGAGAAUCUGUACGAGCUCCUCACUUGUACAUUUACUAUUUGCUGCAUUUUCUUCCCACUCUUGUUCCAAGGCGCUCUGGGCAUUGUGCAUGGUUGUCCUCCCUGCUUUCCUACAUCAAAGGGUUGCUGUGUAUCUCUUUUAUGAGAUACAGAGAGGAACGUAGGAGCUGCCUUAUACCGAUUCUGGUCCAGAAUGGCAGCAGCUGUCCCAAGAUUUCCGAGAGAAGUCCUUUCCAGCCCUACUUGCAGAUGGCAUUAUUUUAGUUUCUUUAUUUUUUCAGUUUCAAAAACUACUUAUAGCACCCAAUCCGCAUAUAACCCCACCCCCCAAGAAACACCCAUUGCAUAUACAAAGUAAAGGAUACAGCCAGACAUUAAGCAAGGUUGUCCAGCAGGUUAGAGUUGCUUAUAGCAGUGAAGGUCUCCUACUCUCCAUCUUAACAGGUUGUCCCAGAGUGAGCCACGGGUAGCUGGUGGCAAUUGUCCUUUCUGGUGUACUGAAUAAGAAUGUGCCAUGUGAUUUCAAAAUCAAAUUUGGUCUUUGGGUUCCUGAAUGCUAUAAGAUGGUAGAGAUUGAACCUUGAAUCUUUUGUACACAAAACUCUGUUCUUACUACUGACCUGUGGACCUUCUUCAAGGUCACCCAGUAAGCUACAUGUCUUAGUGGGGUUUUGAACUUGGGUUUCCCAAGUGCCUGUGACAUGAAGGAGUUGCUGAGAGUUUUGUUAAACAGUACCUUUUUCUGCUUUUUUGUGAAAACAAAGGAAUGAUAGGUAUAAUUUUCAGAGCUGCUUUGUCUUCAUAUGUGUGCACUUCAGUUAAAUUCUUGCUGUAUGGAAAGCAAGCAAGCAAGAAGAAAAAUAGCACUCAAGAAUUCAGCAUGGGAAUCUGACUUACUUAAUUUUAUUUUUGGCCAAUUUGAUGCUAGAAGGAAUUUAGACUGGGGAAUGUGGGUCAAAAUGACCUUGUGCUGGUGCAAGCUGUCCAAAGGGAGCUGUCCAAAAGAAGCUCCAACCAUGUAGAUUUACCAGCUCUAAAAAACCAUCAGUUGUAGUAUGAGAUCUUUAUCUACUAAUGACUUAACCAAAAAAGCAGAAUGGAGGGCAGGGAGGCAAAUAUUUUGCCUUUGCUGUUUUAUAGAAAAGAGUUCUUGGCUUUCUUCAUUUUUUAAAAUAACUGAUGUUUCUAAACUGCAGUGCUGUUAGAAAUCCAGCAUUACUAAGCACGUGAGGCCCUUUUUUUGACAUUAGCAGGCAAGAGCUGCCGCACUGUGGCUCCUUUGAGAAGGCAACCCAGUAGUGUUAGAACCUGAAGGCUGCAGUUGCAGGGGACAAAUCCACAUUGCUGCACCAUUUCAUGCUGGUGUUUGCAUUCAUAGAAACAGGAUGGAGCUACAACCGUAACUUGCAAUGACUGUGGCCUUCCAGUGUUACUUAGCUGCAUGGGAAAGGGCCAUACUCCUGUGUCACCCAUGCUGCUCAAGGUAAUCUCAGAAGUACCUGAACAAAAGAUGAAACAGAUGCCAGUGUGUUAUUGCAUUGUGCUUACUCCAUUCCCAUCCUGAUGUCAUUGUAUUGAGGGUAAAACUGAAAUUGGAAGUAGCAUGAUACGUAAGAACAAGCUGAACUGGCAGUUAUUUUAUAUCUUUUAAGGGCAGAUCAACAAGGCAGAGUUCAUAGCUGUUUCCAGCAUCGCAUAUUGUAGUAAGUCCCUGUCUGUCUGCAAAGUUGCCUGUUCAGAAGUGAAGCAAGCAUAUGUGUUCAACUCUUCAAUUGAUGCUUGCAUGUGUUUGUAUUUUCAAAAUAAAACAUCGUGAGUUACCAAAAGUUGUGUUUCUUUGUACUUCCCUGACCGAGUCGCUGAUAUAUAAGAGCACAUGAGGGACAGGUUUUUUUUAUACAUUUGUCUGCUGUUUUCAAAGGAUUUUUUAUCUUGUCUCAGCAUAAAGCUAUGCAGGCAACUGCAAUAUUUAAAAAUAGAUGACAAUUGAAAAACCUCAGUUGAAACUCGCAAGAUGACAGCAGAAUUAAAAUGCCCAUUAAAGCCAAGGCAGAGGUCAAAUCACCCAUUAUGAGCAAAGAUAAUGAUGAUCAUAAUGAUAAUAGUUAUAUUAUUUAUACCCUGCCCACCUGGCUGGAUUGCCCCAACCACCAUAAAACAUCAGACAUUAAAAACCUCCAGAGACAGGGCUAAAAGUUGUAUAGCUAUUUAUCUCCUUGACAUCCAAUGGGAGGGCGUUCCUGCCUUUGCCAUGUGGCUAAAAACUGAGAUUAGGUGCAAGUUGAGUUGGGGGAAAUAUUUCACUGUCAGGGCAAUGCCACUGACAAAUCCCAGGUGACAAUCAAUCCAGUUGAAGUAAACCCAUUGAAAUCAAUGGGUCUGCUGCAAGUAGGAUUAACAUUGGAUAUCACACUAUCUCUGGUCUCCACUGCCUCCCCUCUGAAGCUGAUGAUACCUGGAAUAGAGCCUUGGAGGAAGAUCUUAGAAAAGGUUCAAAUGAACCUUUCAUAUGUCCUCAGGCCGUGGAACAGGAGUGCCUGGGAAACUGUUUGGGAACUCAGUUGAAAUAUCCAGUGCCACCCUGAGAAGGACAACCCUGAAAGGGGACCUAGAAAUCUGGAAAGUGAACAGAACUAUUUACCCUUCUCUCCAUCUUUGAAUUUCUUACAGAACAUGAGUGAAAAACUGAACGAUUGUUUGGGGGAAAUGGUAACUAUCAAGACGGAACCCUGCUCUCCAUGCCAGGAAGACGAAUAUGGGCAACUCUGGUAAGGAGAUUUCAAGCCAACUCUGUGGAAACCCCUUUCCAUAUUGAUAUGCUUGCUAAGGAGCAACUGUGCAUCUUCCAAGGGCUGUAUGCCUGCUAAAAACAUUUUUGUUUGGACAAAGCCUACCCAGAUAUUUAGAAUGUUGAUGCAUGUUUUAAUCUGUUUUUUGUUCUUUGAAUUUUUUGAUUUUUUUUUAAUGCAUUGUUGAUUUUUUUAAAUAAAAAAAUAUAUAGGGCGCUUUGAGGUGGUUUGGGGUUGUUUUUUACUAUCAAGAGGUGCAUAGAUUUUAUAAAAUAAAUAAUUAAAUGGGCCAUCACCCCAAAACACAAAAGUCCCUUGUACCUGUGCAUCAUGGUUUUGCCCUGGAGAAAUGUCAAGCUUCCUAGGAACAUGGUUUUUUUUAAAAAAAAAAGUCUACGUGAUCCAUGUUUCACCUAUAAGUAAGAGCGUUUUAAUAUGUUUGCAUUGUGAUUAGAGCUGACAGCACAGCUAAAUUCCUGCAUUGCAAGGCGUUGGACUAGAUGACCCGUGUGGUCCAUUUCCAACUCUACAGUUCUAUGCUUCUAUGAUCUAGGACUGUACAACCAGUGGAUCCCAGGGCAACACACCAAUUGAGGAGUCACAUCCUUAUUGCUCUGCUUAAGACUGUAGGAGCAUGCUGUAGUGCUGUAAUUCACAAUAAGUGCAUGCUUACAAAUUGAAACUUCUGUUUUAAAUAUCAUCAUGAAAGUGUUUUAAUGCUUGUAGCUUAUCGGGCUCAAUGUUUUUUCUUUGCCAUAAGAGCCAGUGUUUACUCACUGUGUUUACUCCCUAAAAAAGUGCUUGCUAUAGUGAUUGUUACUAAUACAUGAUUUGGUGGUAUGCUCAGUAGAAGCCUGGGAAGGCCAGUAUAUUUCAGAAGAACUACAUCUGUUGAGUAAAGUAAUACAGAAAACAAUAGAGAGAUAUUAAUUAUGGAGAGUCCAAGAAAGCUGAUGUUUAUUUUUUGUCUGGAUGUUGAUAAGAAAUGCACUUGCUCUCUUAAACAUUUUUUCUUGACCCCUUCCCACAAUGUAUCUCACACUUGUGUUCUCUUGCUUUCUCAUCAAGUUCUGGAAAGGUUGACUCCCAGUCUGUGAAUGUGGAGCAUAAAAAACUGAAAGGAAAGCAAGAUUUGAUCAUGUCCAAGAGUUUUCAGCAAGUAGAUUUCUGGUGUAAGUAUCUCACUGGUGAACAAAAUGAAUUGUUGUAUCAUUUCCCCCCUUAAGCCUUCAGAAGGGAGAGAAAGUUGUCUGUUGCAACCCCAGCUGCUGAGCUGGAAGAGCUAAGAGAGCCCUUCUUUUUCAGUGCUCCUUGUGUACUGGAGACAGUUUUCAGCAUAUGCAGGCAUGUGCCGUGAUUCAGACUAGUCCUUGGCAUCAGCUGACAUGUAAAUAAGGCUAGCGGUCAGAGGUUCCAGAAUGGAGAUUGAGCAGAACCAUUGAUAGGCAGACACACUGGCAUAGAUUCAGAUACCAAAGAAAAGAAUCCUGCCUCCUUUGUGCCCUAGUUUGUCUGGCAUAUUUUCCCUUUAAUCCUCAGAUCUUAUUUAUUUAUUUCAAAUUAAAUUUCUAUCCCACCUUUCCUCCCAAAGAGGUAUAGGAUGGCAAACAUCGGGCAGCAGAACAAUACCGUUUUGUUUCUUAUAGAAGAUUUGUGUUACACAGCGGAGAAAUGCCUCCUGUCCUCUGCUACAUGUAACACUAGACGACAUGAAUAGAAAUAUGCUCUUAAUCUUUCUAGGGAACAGCAGAGCCCAACCGUGAAGGAGCUAAAUAUACUUUAUCAGGAGGGACAUAACUCAAUAAUGUAGCUAGCUUUUAUUUUAAUUUGCAGAAGAGCUCUGUUCUUGGUCCUGUUCCCAACAUCACAGUUUCUCGGGGGAUGUCAUUGUGGAUCCUUGGCAGGGAUGCUGCAAAACUUUGGUUCCUUGUUAUUUUUGCUUUUGCUUUAAAUGUGUACAUUUCCAGUGCCUGAAAUCUGUAGUCCAUACUGGCUGAAUAAUGAAAAGCAAGAGGGUACAUUCACCCUGCCAGAGAAUUAUUUACUAGUCUGAAUUUCACAGACUCAUAUAUUUGGAGGGGAUCUUAUUGUGGUCCAGCUCCCUGCUGGACACAGGAAAUCCAGAGCAAAUGGCUGCAAAUGCAGCAAGGGAGAGCCCACCCCUCUCCCAGGCAAUUGGAUCCAUUGUUACUAUUAAGAAAUCAUCAUCCCCUUCACUUAACCCAUUUCUCUGAAUUAUACCUCUCCCUCCCUGCUCAUCAUUUGUACUCUGACUUUUAUGCUUAGAGGAAGUGAGGUGACAUUGGCUUGGUUGCUGGUCAGUUUGGCUGACUAUAUUUUGGCCACCUACAUCUGGGAGGAGAAGCAUAACAAAUCCUCUCAAAGGGAAAUAAUUCCCCCUUUAACAGAAGACGUCCAUUUCACCCUAGAUUCCGUCUCUCUAACUGUGCCAACCAUUAAAAAAUUUUCCCCGGGGAAAUUCUAACGGUAUUGUAAGCCAGAGACUUGGGGCCAAGAGUUACCAUGCCCUCUGCCAUCUCCCCUGCUCACUGGCAUGGAUUUCUGAGCAGUUGCAGGACUGUGUUGUGGGCCUCUACACUACGAUGAACUGCAAUGCAGGAAGUUUUAAAGGAAAUGUUACCUAGGAAGUGGUUGUGUGAAUCUGCUCCUGGAAAGGAAAGGCUAUGGGGAAUGCAUUACCUCAUCCAGCAAGCAGCAAGUGCCACGUUUUACAAAAUCUUCUGGCCCCAAGGGCCCCUGCAGGCAGCAACAGAUGAAGGUGUGCUCCCCUCUCUCUGCCCCAACUCUUGGUAAGGAGAGCUGAUGUAGCUCAGCCUCACAGCGGUGUCUCUGUGGUGUUGGCUACAGCUGGAGGCCCAAGCAGAUGAAUUUGGUCUGGAUUACAGAGGUCAAUUUGUGGGCAAAAAUGAUAAAUGCUGCUUUGCGACAGUGGGUGGAUUAGAAGAUGCUUUAUUAUUUCCCCCUGCAUGGUUCUGUGAAUUAUGCCUUCUAGGAAAGCCUUUUCAGUGUUACCUUGGUUUUCGAAUAGAAUGCGUUCCGGGAGUCCAUUUGACUCCCGGAACCGUUUGAAAACCAAAGCGCGGCUUCCGAUUGGCCACAGAAGCCACGCUGGACAUUUGGCUUCUGAAAAUCGUUCGAAAACUGGAGCACUCACUUCCGGGUUUCGAUCGUUCGGGAGCCGAUUUGUUCGGGAGCCAAGGUGUUAACAUAGAGCUAACAUUACUUUGCCAGCUGUCAAGGACAGGAACAGUCAGGGACUGCGCACUCGGCUCUUCCCAAGUCUCUGGACAGCAUAGGUUCUUCAAGGCUGGAAACUGCUUUCAAAAGCAGUCUGCAAAACUUCCCAAAGCUUAGAAUUUUGAUGAGAAGUUCUACGUCGCCAAUAAGUUUGACGUGACCGUCAGAACCUACGAAAAAUAGUUGCGUCCCUUUGAUAGUAUUCCAUGGCCCAGAGUAAAAUCUUCUUUCCUCUUGCCCUACAGUCUGUGAGUCCUGCCAGGAGUAUUUUGUGGAUGAAUGUCCAAACCAUGGCCCGCCCGUCUUUGUGUCGGAUGCUCCAGUCCCCAUUGGCAUCCCUGACCGAGCUGCUAUGACUGUUCCACCUGGCAUGGAAGUGGUGAAAGAGCCCAGUGGAGAGCGGGAUGUGCGCUGUGUGAACGAAGUUAUCCCAAAAGGUCGUAUUUUUGGACCGUAUGAAGGGAAGCUCUCCAGUCAGGACAAAUCUGCAGGAUUCUUCUCUUGGCUGGUAAGUAUCUCAGUGGUGUGGCUGUGGAGGAACCAUUGAGUUCAGUUCUUCAAAACUUGAGUUAAGAAAAUAUGCUCCCGUGGCUCAGUCACAAAAGGAGCACUUCCUGCUUGCAGCCAGGCUUAAAGUGCAGACUAGAAUGGAAUACAGCUGUACCUUGCUUUUCACAACUUACUGUAUUUUUCGCUCCAUAAGGUGCACCUGACCAUAGGGUGCACCUAGUUUUCAGAGGGGGAAAUCAAGGAAAAAAAUAUUACCCCCCCCCCCCAGCUCAGGGAGCAGCCUGUCCGCUGCUCUUUGGGGCUGGGGGGGGCGGUUUCCCCCCCAGCCCCAAAGAGCAGCUCAGGGAGAUCUUCUUCUUCUCCCUGCUUCUGCGGGAGGUGGGGGAAUUCCCCCACCUCCCGCAAAGGCCCACAGGAGCCGCACACCCUUUAAGGAGCGCACGGCUCCUGCGGGCUUUUCUACGAGGAGGGAGAAGGGACUGACUGGCCGCGUCAGUCCCUUCUCCCUCCUGGGGAAAAGCCCGCAAGAGCCGCGGGGGCUUUCCUGCCUGCCUCCCCCCUGCAUUCGCUCCAUAAGACGCACACACAUUUCCCCUUACUUUUUAGGAGGGAAAAAGUGCGUCCUAUGGAGCAAAAAAUACGGUAGUUCCCGAAUGUUUUGGUUCCCGAAUGUCGCAAACCCAGAAGUAACUGUUCUGGUUUGCAAACUAUUUUUGGAAGCCGAAUGUCCAACAGGGCUUCUGACUGGCUACAGGAGCUUCCUGCAGCCAAUCAGAAGCCGCGAUUUGGUUUUCGAACGUUUUGGAAGUUGGAACAGACUUCUGGAACAGAUUCCAUUCGACUUCCAAGGUACGACUGUACUAAAAGUCUAGAGCAAGAUUUUUACUAUUGAAGCAUGAGUCCCUUGGAAGCAAACAGUUCUUCUGUAGACUGUCUCCCAGUUCUCUCCCAAGCUUAAUGGUAAUACUGCCCAAGAGAUAACUUAGAAUUGAGAUGCUUAGAAUUGAAAGUAAAUUGCUACGUAUCUUUCUUCUGGUGGUGUAUCCUCCUCCCUCACCUUUCCUCUCUUUCCAGAUUGUUGAUAAGAACAACCGCUACAAAUCCAUAGAUGGGACCGAUGAGACUACAUCAAACUGGAUGAGGUGAGUCUAGUUCUUGUCUAUUUCACCUCCCACUUCCUCCCGUGGGAUUUAAGCCCUAGGGGAGGAAGGCUGCAUGUUACUUACAUUCUUUGUGGUUAGUGCUUUGGAAAUGACUGCUGCCUGCCUGAAGCUUUUGCUUUCCGAUUUUAUCACUCCGCAUUCUGGCAAGAGACACACAUUUCCGUUUUCUGAUCUGCUUCGGUAUUUGAGUCGUCAGGCUACAUUUGCAGCAAAGAGAAGAGCUUGGAUCAACAUUGACUCCUCCCAAAGUGGCUCAUUGCUUCUUUAUUAUUCUUUAUUAUUUGCUUUUCUGUGUUUUUAACAAAAUUUGUUGGUUUCCGGGGGUUGUUGGCAAAUCAAGAAAAAGGAAAUUCUCCCUAACCCAUCUUGUUUGGACUUGCUUGUUUAUUGAAAUUUGUUGUCUUCCUCGUUGGUUAUAAAGGCACAAUUGGAGAAAUAGAAUUCAUUAGUGUGUUUGGUGCAUCUGCAAAGCUAGGAACACCCACAAUACAGUGGUACCUCGGGUUAAGUACUUAAUUCAUUCCGGAGGUCCGUACUUAACCUGAAACUUUUCUUAACCUGAAGCACCACUUUAGCUAAUGGGGCCUCCUGCUGCCACCGCGCCGCCGGAGCACGAUUUCUCUUCUCAUCCUGAAGCAAAGUUCUUAACCCGAGGUACUAUUUCUGGGUUAGUCGAGUCUGUAACCUGAAGUGUAUGUAACCCGAGGUACCACUGUAUUUUUUUUUCUUAUUGCCUGUCACUGACAGUUGUGAUGUGUUUGUUCCUAUUUCAUUUUAAAUUCCUUUUCCACUCUGCUCAUAGAGCACAGAACAGGUUAACCUAUUUUAAGGUGUUCCUGCUUUCUCAUUCCCUAAAGGACAGCUUUUGAGAGAGGCAGGUGUGUGUGUGUUUAUGUUUGUCUGUGCUACUUACAAACUUGGCUCUAUAGCAACAGAACUGAAAACACGUUGAAGACACUAAUAAUGGUGUUGAAUUUUCCUUUCUUUUUAAAUCCAUGCAUAUAUUGUGUUUUUCCCUUCUAUAGGUUGGUUAGUUUGUGACUUAAUUGUGUUAUAGGUGAAUCUAAAUGAGGCCAAAGAAUUAUUAAUCUAGCUGUGCAAAGCAAUCCAGCUGGGAAUUUAACAAGUUGAUUAUAUACUUGCAGAAAAGAAAAGGGCAAGCCAUUUAGAUGUUAUAUGAGCAUUACGAACAGUAGCCAUAACACAGUGCUGCAGUGUGGAGUGCUUUUGUCCUACCCAGCCUUACCUUUUUCUGGGUAACUCCAUUCCAUUCCCCCCUACUUUUCUACUCUCCCCCCCCCCCAAAAUAGACACUCUUGUCAAUGAUCAUAUUCUGUCCUCAUUGUGCUGCUUCUUGGGCAGCUGGUCGGCCACUGGACUAGAUGGGUCUUUGUUGAUCUUAUGCUCUCAUUUAUCCCCACACCCAGUCUCCCAACAUCAAGUGCCAUGUGAUUAUUAUUGGGUGCUUAUAGUGCAUCACCGUGACAUCCAGGGAUCACAGAACUGCAGAGCUGGAAGGGACAUCUAGUCCAACUCCCUGCAAUGCAGGAAAUUGCAACAAAUAAAAUUAUUAGUAGUAGUAACAGAAGUAUAAUGCCCUGUAGAUACACAUACAGUAUACAGAAGUAUAAUGCCCUGUAGAUCUCAGGGUGGUUCAUAACAUAAAAUUACAAUAUAAAAUAACUUGGAUAGGUGAGCAGCCCUACCCACAUGUCAAAUGUGACCUGCAAGGGGUAGGGGUGAUAGGGAUUUGGCUCGUUGACCACAUCAGGUUCCCCACCUCUGCUAUUGCUUGCAGAAUUGCUUGCAGAAUUCAUAAUCUAUAGCAUCAGCUCUCUAGUCAUCAGCUCUUCCAGCCCUACCUGGAGACUGAACCGUGGUCCUUGCUCUACCAUUGAGCUAUUACCCUACCCCAUUCCAAAGAUUAUUUCUGUACAUGGUGGUUUUAUGUGCUGCUGUUGUAAAACUUGUUCCCUGUUCUCCUUGAAAGCUUUUUUAAAUUAUUAUUAUUUUUUAAAAAAAAGGCCUACCCAACAACCAUUUACGCUAAGGGUUCCUAGCCAUGAAUACCGCCAGCUAAUUAGGUGUUGUGUCCUGUUUUGAUUGUCCUGUAAUUUGCUCCUGGUGGAUCUCUUGCUCUUAAACUUAAAAAGAAAAGAACAGAUGGAUGGAUGGAUGAAACUCUAACUAGGGCAGUUAAGCUGAUAAGAAGCUGUCUUGUACAUUUUCUAAGGGAAUUCCUUUAUCCUAGUGUUCUGCUCAUUCAAUUUGCAGAUGACACAGAAAGGAAAGCUGUAAAACACUCAAGGAUAGUAGAGUGCAUUGACGAAGCAGAGAAGUGAAGAGUGUUUAUUAGAGUUGAUUUUUCAGCUGAAAAAGGUGUCAUAACGCUAAUACCCUUCGGCAGCUUCAGGUGGCAGGCCUAGGUGUUGGACGGUCGAGGUGACCAUGUCCUCUAGAAGACAGGAGAAGUCAGGGCGCCACCUGCACCUUGCUUCAAAAAUCAGUCUGGUAUUUUAAAAUCCAUUCAUAGGUUAUGUGCAAACUCAUUUAAGUGUCAUACGCAUCAGUGUUGUCUGAACUUCGCUACAGAGUGUGAAGGCACUUUGACCCCGCUCCCUCUUAGCUUGCUGCCCCGUCACUUUCAUGCUCUCAAAUGUUCUCCUGUUGUAGCUGGCUGUACUUCCCUCUCUUUCCUUUUGGGGAUGCUUCUACCACCAAAGCUUAUGGAAGGAGAGAUUGGACAUACAGAAAGUGGAAUCUCCGCUGAGACGGGAGAGAGGGCGCUCAUAUUCUCCGCAGCUGAGCAGCUCUGAUUGAGGGUGGAGAAGUGCAGUGUGCUUCUUUUGCACUAGCAAAGGUGAACAAGGUGGCCAGCCACUGCCUUUCAGCAUCAGACCAGGUUGCAGUAUUUCAGUGAUCACUGCACAGAGCUACACCCAUUUGAGAUGGUUCUCUACCUAAGAAUUGCUCAGAUACGAGACAGUGGUGGCUAAUCGUGUAUCUUUCUGUUGUUGAUUUUUGCUGCUAUAUUUUAGCUUGGUAAUUUGUAUUUAAACGAUUGGAUCGUUGCUGCUUUUAUGUUUGUAAGCUGCUUUAAGCAACUUGUUUUGCAGGAAGUGGGGAGAAGGGUAUACAGAAUUUUUAAAAUAAAUAGAACAGUUAUUUUAUGGCUUGCACUGUUCAAGGGUGAUCCAGAGUGCUGAAACCAUAAAAUAAGUGGAAAAGAUAGUUCUGACAUUACAUACAGGGCCCUUUUAAAAACAGAAGCUAAGAGGGCCGGGUGCCCCCUGCCCUCCCCAUGAUUUCUGUUGCGGUUCAGAUAUAUUUUAAAGAAAUAUAUAGCUUAAGAAAAAUUGAAUAACCAGACUGAGGCUGCAGUCCUAAGCACUAGGGAGUAAUUCCCAUUGAACUCUGCACAAUGUGCUUCUGAAUAACGAGGUUAAGGAGUGCAGUGUGAUUUCAGUUUCCUUUAAAACAAAUGGUUAUAGCUGAGAUUUAGAUUCAACAACAUGCAUAAAAGUUGUUAUUUAGACCAAAUAGAGCAUAGCAAGUUACCCAAGGCCACUAGAGCCAAAACAUAUGGGUUGUAUGAAUAAUUCACGUGUGUUUAUCCUAUUCUUGCCGCUUUUGUAUGCGAUGAGCACCUUACGCUCCAUAACAUGGAGGAGGUUUUGCUUGUUUGUUUUGCUGAGUAUUUGUCAUGUAUGCAUGGAUGGGAAGUCUCAAUUGGAUCCAUGGAGGGAAAAAAGGUACACAUGUAGCGUGCAAGGUAAUAGGAUAUAGUCAUGGGUACCUGCUAAAUUUGUAGUGUGGGAUGGUCCUGAGAUAGCUGGUGGAAGUUCUGGUGUCAACCUGCAACAAAAAUCUUGCAAAACAUUUUAGGGUCCGUGUGUGUGUAUAGAGGGAAUGCUUUCUGCAGGAGCUCUCACAAAGUUGUCUACUGUUUUCCCAGUCCCUUCUCCCAAGCCAAGUUGUAGGUUUGGUUCCUCUUAGUAUCCCACUCUUCAUUUGUUUCUGCUUUGUCUCAGUCCCUUUUACUUAGUAAAAUCCACUGAUGAUAUCUUCAGCAGAUACAAAAAGGGGGGAAUUAAUUGAGAGAAACUUAGUAAUACCCAUUUUAAAGGUUCUUGAGUCACAAUCGGAUUGCUGGACUCAAUGACCUAUCUUUUAAAGAAGUAAAUCCAUGUAAUUUGUUCUGUAUCAAAGAAUAUGUGCUAUAUAUUUUUUUCUUUUGGAAGAAUGAUUGAACAAAGCCUCCAAAUACCUGUUUUAAGUGGAAAGAUUACAUUUUUUAAAAAAGAACAUGGUGCUUGUGUAUGAAUUCCCCCCCCCAAAAAAAGCCCCCACUUUCUGACACUUUCUACAUUUAGCGGUGGGAAAUGGAAAGCUUUAUGUGAAUAGAGGAGAGGAACCUCGGCAAGCGGGGAGUGAAUGUACAAUUGGUCAUGUAUCUUGCUUGUAACGGUUUGGGUGCUUCACAUUGAUUUCCUUUUACCCAUUUGUGCUUUGUGGGAUAUUGAACUCAAGGAACAUGACAGAACGAAAGAGGAAGCCCAAGUUCUCCAGGGAGGAGCUGGACAUUCUGGUCACGGAAGUGACUCGGAACGAAGCCAGGCUGUUUGGAAGGGAGACGAUACGUCUAUCCCACGCAGACAGGGACAAGAUCUGGGAAAGUAUAGCCAGGAAAAUCACAUCGGUGAGCCAGGUCCCCAGGUCUGUGAAAGAUAUUAAGCACAGGUGGGACGACAUGAAGAGAAGGACCAAAGACAAACUGGCAUACAUGCAGAGGUCCCUCUCCAGUCCCAGCAGCCCGGGGAGGCCCUCGGCCAUUGUCCUGACCGCCCACGAGAGAGCCAUCGAGUCGACGCUGCAUUCGUCACGCCAGAUGCACGGCUUCCGGAGAGCGGAUCUGGACGUGGUUGACAGCCCAUCAACCAGCUGUAAGUAUUACCUCCCCCCUGGUCCCCUGCUGAACAGAUCAGUUCUGACCAAAGAACUGUAUGUAUUGCACGAAAGGUCAGCCCUGCCCUACUAGCGAAACUGUUAUCUCUGGUUGGCGUUUCCUGUUGCGCUUUGGUUCUCUCCACCCUAUUUCCUCCCUCAGCCUUGGGUUAGGAAUAGAUUGUAGGGAGCUGCACCUUGAAUGAACUGGCAUGAGCUGUGCUACUUCGGUCAAGUUAGCAAAAAAGGGGAUAGGUAUUUUCAGUGCCCAUGGUCUGUGGAAUGGCAAAUGUGAAGAUGCUUGGAAGGUUGUGUGCACACAUUGCCGGAGGGAAAGGGAAGACCAGACGUUUGAACCAAAUCUUCACCCUUAAUAAAUCCAAUAUAUGGGUCACUAGAUGAGUUCACAAGCUCAUAAAUGUGGAUAUUUCUACAUUGCGCAAAGGUAGUAGUAUGUGGAGUUGGCGUAUCCAUGGGCAAUUUGUAUGGGCAAUGCCAUUGAUCUUUCCACCAAUGUACCAUGAUCAAGGGAUUGCCAAAACCAAUCUUACGGCGUGCAAAUGUGUGUACUUGAAUCAUACAGUACUUCAUCUCCUAUCAAGAAUUUCCACAUUUGUGAUUAUGUGAUCUAGCCCUGGCACUUGUAUAUACAAAAUGGUGCUAGGGUUUUGUCCAUUUUAACAUCUUACCAGGUAUUCGUGAUAUUCAGGACAGCGUUUACAAAUGUAGGGUAACAACUAUUUUUCAUUGCUCUUGUGGAAACAAGAGAUUGGCAGUAUGCUUCUGGCUUGCAGCUUUUGAUCUAGUAGACUAAACCUGAAGAAAGUUCCGUAAGUGCAUAGGCUGCACUUAUCAUCAAGGUCUUCUCUAGUUUUCCCUGUUCAACAGGCAGCACUACGGUUUAGGCUUAUAAGGCUCAGCUAGCCACACGGCAAAUAUAAUUAAGCAGUGGGAGAGGUCUAUGACCCAUUACCUCAUGCUUAGUCUUAGACCGGACCACUAGCAGUUCUAAAUGCUAGCCACUGCAACAGAAAUUCUUGCCAUAAAACAUCCAAUGAGAUAUGGCCAAACUCCUAUUUGUUGGCUUUAUUAUUCUGUACUAGUGUUAAACUUCCUCUUCUGGAUUAUAUUUGAUAAAAAGGAAAAGCAUGCAAAAACUGAACUAAAUCACUUUUUACAGUGGUGAAGCCUCUUGUCCCUGAUAAGGAAGAGCUUUGGUGUGUGCAGAAACUGGAAAUGUCGUGUUGAGAGCUGCUUCCUGUAAACCAAGGGAAUGGGUAGAUGAUAUCAGUGUGGUGCCCUUCCAGAUAUUGCCCAAGCCAACAUGGCCAAUCCUAAGGGAUGCUGGGAGUUGGAGUCUAGCAACAUCUAGAAGGCAUCACACUGAUCUUUCCAGUAUUGUUUUCUUCAGCUGCCAUUGGCUUUCCAAGAUUCUGACAGGGGUCUCCCCUUUCCUUGCCACUGAGAUCCUUUAUUGGAUGGUACCUGGGACCUUUUUGCAAGCUGAACUAUGGACUGCUUUGGGUUUACUAGUCCCUUACAAAUUGACAAAGAUUACUUAAUGGUGGAUGACUCCUCACAGGAAAUGAUUCUUUGCAAUUGCUGCUGCUGAAUGAAAUGACUUUGGAAACUCUUAAUAUAAAAUCAGAAUGUGAUUAGAUUGAUAAAGCAACAGUCAUGGUGGUGGUUGUGUACACUUGAAAGUCUACCAUUAACUCUCCUCUUAUCUCAGGAUGUGCAUAAUUUCAGGUUUUUUUGUUGGCAUUUUGUGCCCCAAAGAAAAAUCUGUAGUUGGCCUUGCAUCUAGUGACUUCAAAGCAGUCAUCUUAGAGGGAUGCUAAGCAAAAUGCGUUUUGUAAAUGGACAUUUGCAUUACACAAGAAAUUCUUUUUAAAGGAAUCAACGCCAUAGUCUAUUCCUUGAAAAAAUCUCUUUCUGCAUUUUACCAAAAUUCCAAGUUGAGUGCUUGCUUCUCCUGAACUUAUUGAAAUAGAGAUUUUCAGAAGAAAACAUUCAUGUAAAUAAUCUGGUGUUUUCUGUUUCUGUUUCAAGCUGACGAAGAUGUGGAGGUGCCCGGCCCCUCGCGGCAACACCACUUUUCAUCACUGCAGAGGCACGCAGAAGAAGCUGACCUUCUCUCCAUACCAUCAUACCUUCAUUCUUCUUCUCUGUCAGAUCACUCGGAUGUUAUUAACCAAAGGCAGGAAAUGAGGCAACCAAACCCAUGUUCCCAGUCCUCCUUUAGGCCCCCUCGGCCCUAUGCCCAAAGCCCACCCAUCUCUGGCUUUGACCGCCAGCUCUUUGACACCCACAUUGAACAGACGGAGCUCUUCAGGCAUUUCUGUCAAGAGCUGGUAACAAUCCACAGAGACAUGGCAAAUAACAUGCUUGUGAUCAGCCAGAGGAUGUCUGACCUGACUGGGCAGGUCAGCCAGAUGUGCCAGACCUUGACCAAAAUCAAGGACGAGCUUCAGACUUUGAACAAGGGUCAGGUUCCCAGCACUAGCCAGGUGGCAGCACCAGUGAACCCUUCUGAACCCAAGGCAGGGAAUAGCCAAAGCCAUCCCAAGCAGACGCCUCUUCCUCGGACGACUAGGUCACGAAAGAGAAAGCACCACUUCUAGCUCCCUUCGUAUUAAACAGGAAAGAGUAGCUGAUGUUGGAUUAGAAAAAAAAAUCAUUAGCAUGACUAUUGGGGAAAAUCAGUGAGAGUUCCCUAUAAAGAUGAAUAUAAAUUAUGACAGUUUAGCAGUAGGCUUUGCUCUGUGCACUUGGAAGCGCAGCACCUUGCUUGCCCGCCCUGUAUUAGAAGCUGUGAACACCUUAAAUACACACAGGUGAAAUUUAAUGGCUGUCUUGCUCUAUGGAGUCAAGGUGCACAUAGAUUUGUUUCCUUAACCUUUUAUGCUCAGGAAACGUUACUUAGGCUUUGCAUUUAAAUAAUUGCACUUAAGGUAAAACAAUCCACAAAUAUAUGCUCCCCCCCCUUUUACUUCUGCAAAUGCACUAUGUGGAUCUAAGAGCUGUAAACGGACUACAUUCUUUGCCAUAGUUAGCUAUUGUGGUUUGGGGUUUGAGUACUAAAGCUGGGUAGAUACUGACAAAAGGAGGGACGUGGAAAAAUAGGAAAAAGCAAUGCCUGCUUCUGAACCGCGCAAAGCACCACCCAGCACACUGGACUUACUCAUCAGCUUUUUCUGUCAGGUAGCAAAAGCAGUUAUGGCAGGUGUCAGCCACUUCAGGCCUUUAAGAGGCGUUAUCUAGCAGAAAUUGGUAACAUUGCAGUCCAUAAAAACAAGUGCAUUCUUUUGAAAGUAACUUGCACUGAAAUCAGUUUGCUAAACCUGCUAGAAACAAGUUUUGAAUAAGGUAAACCACUGGCCAGCCUGCUAAUUUUUCUACCUGGUCAUGCCAGACUACAUCUUCAGUUCUUUAGGAUAUUAAUAAGAAUAGUUCAGUAAUCCCUCAGUUUAAAUGGGGGUUACGUUCUGGAGAUCGCACCUAAAGCCAAAAUUGCAUAUAGGCAAAACACAUUGGGUACAAUGGUGUGUGGAAUUGCCAAAGCUUCUUUUCUUCUGGAUGCCCAUCCCCCUUUCCACCCAUAUAUAUGUCAAAGCUGAACGCACACAAGUUAAAUGUGCGCAAGUUGUGGGCUUACUGUAUACCAAGCUGUACCUUUUUUAAAAUAAAAAAUAAAGAGCUCACAAAUUUAACCUUUUUUGUUGAGGGAUGGCAUUUUCAGAAGCAACUAACUGGAGCAUGCUCAAGUGCUGGCUUUGACACCAAUGUAAUUCUCCUGACAUCUUCAGAAUUGCUCUUUUGUUUGCAAACGCGAUGCCGUCUUUUUAAGCCCCUUGUCUUAUCACAGGCUUGCUGGUGCGUGUUCUCCUUAUACCAGCUUCCUGCUUAACAGGAGUGCUGUGCAUGCAUUCAAAUGAACACGUAAGGGCUUAAACUGGUACAGCAGGUGUUACCCACUCCCACCCGUCCCCCAGACUUCCCACACUGAAUGGUUUCUGAUCUUAGGGAGGUAUGCAAGUGUGUCCAGCCAAACGCUCCCAAGUCUUCCUACCAUACACAGGAAAGAUGCGGAAGGAGAUGCGCCUGGUACGCACAGGGUGGGUGCGGAUGGCAUGUGCAUGGUUGCUUGCCCAGUUUAAACUCUCAUACAAUUCUUUUGAAUCCAGGAAUAGGGCAAACAGGAGAUGCUAGCUACUGCCUAUGUGAAUCAAGAUUACUGUCUACUUAGUUCUAAAUGUAGUCUAGCCUGGCCUGUUAGGACUCCACUAUGGUUCUGAAACUGGAUGUUUGAUCAUAUUCUCACACCUGCUAUAGUACAUAAGCUAAAAUUGCAUGUGCACUGUACACUUUUCAUACCUGCACCUGCUCUUCUGCACCCUACGGAUGGGAUGUCAAGAGUUGAGACACAAUCCCCUUAUAAAGUCAUAGCUGCAGUAGUCUACAUUCCACAAGGCCCUUCUGGCAGUGAGGAUAAAUUUAGGGUGCACACUUAUCGGGGAAGGGAACCCUAAUGAACUCAAGGAGACUUCCUUCUACGUAAACACACAUAAGAUUGUGCUGUGAAGGUUAAAGCAUGUUGGGGCAGCUCCAACUCCACUUUCCCUGGGGCUACUUAAGACCAGAGUUCCCUGAGAGGAGAAGGCCAGGCCAGGGUGUUAGUGCCACCAGCUCCUGAAGUAGACCUGAGAUUAAUUUGCACCAUUUGUUUUGUAUUAAUAUUUUAACCCGCAAACCUCCUUGGAUGCCUUGAUAGAAAGGCUUCAUAUAAAUGCGAUAAAUAAAUGAUGAAAAUAUAAUCAGACUGGUUUUUGAAAGCUUAUUUCAGAGGAAACUUCACUUUUCUGCAGUGUUGCCACCUAUUUGCAGGGAAUUUAAAAUCCAUAUGGCAUUAAAUGUGGAUCACUUUUUUCGUGAAUUAACAAAGUUCAGCAUUUGUAUACUUCUGAGGCAGGCAUAGCACCAGUUCGUUGCAAAUUAAUGUGAAGGAAAUAAUGGCGCAGGGUCUGGAAGUGCCUGGUCCUCAGAGCUUUCCACCACCGAAGUGGAUGGGUUUUGCUCCCCUCCAAAGCAAGUCUAGAUUGUAAGCUCCUUGGAGUAGAGACCUCUUUCUUUUGCUCUUCUUAACCCUAUAAAGGACCAUGUCCAUUGAUGGCACUCUAUAAAUUAAAUAAUAGGAAUGUCGUCUGUUACAAAACUCCUGGUGUCUCUCAUAUGUGCUUGUCUCCAAGCCAUUAGGAUGAAUAAGGUUGCUUUGCUUUCCUGUUUCAAACUUUUGUGAUGUGUUGUUGAUUCAGCUAUCAGUUCUUGGAGAACUGAUCCCAGAGACAAAAAACAAGUUGGCAUUCUCAGCCACCGCUGACCUUUUCUGAGAAGCUCAGGUGCUUGUGGCCUCUGGAUUUCUGGCACUUGGGAGAAAUGUACACGCGUGCUUUCUUUUAGAACAGGAUAAGAAGCUGUAAAGCUAAGCUUGAGGAAUCUGGGAUGUUAAUAUAUAGAGAAACAUAUCUGGGCAAAUGAAGGUAUGUCCCAUGAUUUAUUUAUUUUCCAUGGGGAAUUAGCAACAAGGGAUGAGUUCUUUGCUCUCUGAAAUGCUUUCUUUGUGAUCAUCCCCACAAGGGGAUGUUGUAUGUGAUUGUGUAUACCUGGCAUGUUUUAAAGUGCCCCUUGUUUGACUGAAAUGCUGUGCUUGCCCUAAUAUUUCUUAUAUAUGAUGGAAAUUUAUGAGUAUUUUUGUUAACAAUAAAUAUAUAAUACUUAAAACUCAAACUCUUUGUUGGGUAACGUCUUUCCUUCUCUACAUGGGUGCUUUCAAGUUGUGUUCUGGAGCCUGUGUUCCAUUUCAAGGAUAGUUUACAGCUUACAUAUCUCUGUAUGGUGCACAAAUAGCACUUUUCUAUCAGGACACAUUUGUCAGAUUGGGGUGGGUUUUAUGUUUUUUGUUUUGCUAUAUUUUACGGACAAUUUGAGGACAAAAAGCAUUUGCUCAUCAAGAAGGAGCAAAAGAAAGGUGAAUGGUUUGGAAAUGUUCCCAGUGUGAAAGUUUGUUCAUGUGCCUAAAGAUCUACAGAAAAAGCUACAAAUCUGCCCAUUUGCAUUGUUAUACAAAAAGCGACCUCACAAAUAGUAAUGUUCCAGAUUUCAUCUGCCUCGUUUAUUAUUUUAUUUAUUUCAUAAAAAUUUAUAUACUGCUUGAGUUGUAGAAAACCUCAAAGUGGUUUACAAAACUGAUGAGAUUACUACAACUUCUAGCACCAUACAGCUUACCUGAAACAGCAAUAAGGAUUUCAUGAGGAUCUUGCAAAGAUAGUUUGGAGAUCUCAGCUGUCCAUUUAGGUAUAUCCAAGAGUUGAGCAACCAUGCAUGAAAAUUUCUUACAGCUUUUUCAGAGACAUCUUCUGAAUCUCUAAUUAGAUUUUGGGAUUGCUUGUCACAGCUUGUCACAGCCUGUAUAAAAGCACAUAUGCAUACAUAAAAUGGUGACUCGUUCUUUCAAACAGAUUACUACAACAGUUGCUUUGGGACAGGGAGACCCUUGGCCAGUGCUUUUUAGCUUUCCCAGUGCAUCUGGAAAAGAAGUAGAUGUUCAUUUAACUGAAUGGAAUUGUUUAAUUUAGGACUGAUUCUGAGCUUUUCUUCCUUUAAAAAGAAAAUAGAGCAAUCACCACCAGGAAAGAAAAAACCGCUGGUCAGAGCAACUCCUGUGUCCAAAUGUCUGAGGAGUGCAUCUGAUUUCAGCAAACCCAUGAAAACUUAGUGCAACUGGGGAAAGGAGUGAAUCUUGAGAGUUGCUGCUUAGCUGGAAUGGCACCAGCUUUCCCAUCUCUGUCUUCCUCUUGGCUUAGCAAAUCUAGGCAAUGAGGCUGGGGUGGGGGAAGCUUAGUUACAAAGUCAGAAGCUGCUCUGUUCUUCUUGACUUACCCUACAGCAGUGAUGGGGAAUUUGCGGCUCUCCAGGUGACAUUGGGCUCCCCAUCAUCCCCCUCCACCUUGGCUGAUGGUCAGAGGUGAUGGGGAUUUGUAGUCCAAGAAGAGUUGGAGGGCCACAGCUUCCCCAUCUCAGCCCUGCGGUGUCCAGAUCCCUUGGCUUUGUGCAUGUGUCUUCUCCCCAAUCACUCAAAAAUAUAGAUGGAAGCAGCCCCCUCUGUAUAUUGGAUUGUGAAAGAAGUUGCCUGCACACUCAUAGCAUGUGUGUAAUACACUGAGUUGUCAGUCGGUCAGCAGAAAACUAAAACUGAGGCAGAGAGGGGAAGGGCAGCUCACUCUUAUCCGAGGGGUCUGGAUCAGUGUUAAAUACGCCAAGUUCUAAACAGCUUUUGUCCUGUCACUUAUCUGCUACGCAGUAAAUGAAGGUUUGGAGUCUAGUGUUCACCUGUCUCUUUUCUGACGCUAUGAUUAAUUAUUUUGCAAAAGUGUAGUGCAGUGCAAUAUGAGCAUGACAGCCAAGUAUGGUCAUCGGACACAUAUUAGAAGGAUAUUAAUGGAAGUGGCUGGUGUGGUAUGUGAUAAAUCACCUUGCGGGGGAAGAGCAGAAGCUGUUUCUGCUGUUAAAAGGGAGUAUUUCCCAGGAGUAGCUCUUAUGCUAGCAGAAGUAAUGCGGCAUGACCUCUGCCCUCUCUCUUAUUCAGACAUUGCCAGCUCCGCAAUAUAGAUGCAAUCCACUAAGCACAGUUUGUGCACAAUCAUCAGUAACUCUCAAUUAAAUUUGAAACAUGGCUCCCAUACAAUUACUGGAAAAAUGCUCUUGCUCCAGCAACCUCUCUCUCUCACUCAGUACCAAGCCUAGGUUUUAGUAACGCAAGUUUUUCAUAUUGUCUCUGCCCCUCACCUGAUAACUUGCUUACUUUUAUGCAUGCAGAUUAUCGAAAUGUGCACACCAAGGAUUAGUGUGACUAACUAGGUAAAGCUAAUGUGUCAAGAUGGCUAAGAGAUGCAAGCAAGUUCGCUCUUGAUUCAGAUCCUCUCCCCCAUGGACUCUUAAGGUUUCUUUAGGCAAGCCACUGUCUCUCAGCUGCUUCAUCUGUAACAUGGCAGCCAGUGGUUAAAGUGGUGGGCUUGGAUGGAGGACACUUGAGUGAAACUGGGCCUGUCACUAUCUUUCAGCCUAAACAACCUCAGUGUAGUUGUGAGCAUAAAUAGGAAGGAACUGUGUAUGCCUUCUUGAGCUCCUUGUAGAAUAGACAAGCAAUAAAUUCAUUAAAACAAGGGAAAGCAAGACUGAUAAACUUUACAGCGUUAAUAAGAACUACCCCUUUGCCCGCCUCCAGAAAGUAAUUGGCUGUAGGGUAAGUCUGGAGAAAUCCUGGAACAGCAUACAGGGAAAGGAGAGGAUAAAUUGUUCCAUCAGGCCAAGCAGAGAUGCUUGCAGUGAUGGCAUGAUCUCCUUGACACUGCUUUGAAUUCCACCCAAUAACUUUGGAACACAACUUAUACAAGUGCUAUAUAAUAAGAACUUUCUGCAUUUGCCAGAUAAAGAGUACAGUGGUACCUCGGGUUAAGUACUUAAUUCGUUCCGGAGGUCUGUUCUUAACCUGAAACUGUUCUUAACCCGAAGCACCACUUUAGCUAAUGGGGCCUCCCGCUGCCCCUGCGCCGCCAGAGCAUGAUUUCUGUUCUCAUCCUGAAGCAAAGUUCUUAACCUGAAGCACUAUUUCUGGGUUAGCGGAGUCUGUAACCUGAAGCGUAUGUAACCUGAAGCGUAUGUAACCUGAGGUACCACUGUACUGCCUGCAUGCUGUUUUGUAAUAUUUUCACUGACAAAUAAAAUCCCUGCCAUGGAUUUUGGUGUUACCCUUGAGCUGUAACUUAGUGGCUUGGUGAUGGCAGACAAACGGUUUUCUCAUGAGGUUGCCAGAAUGACACCCAACUUUGUGAGAGCCAGUUUUUGGUGUUUGCCUAUUUUUUUGCGCUCAUGACAGUGGCGAUUGUGUGGUUGCCUGACAGCAGCCUUAUCCCUUGUAAGUCUUGACAGUAAGAAAUCCGACUACCACCUUUGUCCCUUUCCAUUUGGAAAUCCUUCGUUUCCAACAGAAAGAGAUAUGAAAUUAGAUCUGACAUUGUUUUUCUAUCUUUUUUACUGUUGCUGUUUCUUAUUGUUGUAGUGCUUUGGAAUGAUUUGUGGGAAGCGAUUUGUCAAUGAUAUCAAUCAAUCGCUGAGAAAAACUGACAGGGGGAGCUGAUGCUGGUGCAAAGUUUUCAGAUGCUGAAAUGCUUCUCGCUGAGCAGCUGCUAUGUGGAGGGUGCUCAAAAUGGCUUCUUUGCAGCAGCUUGUUCUGUAUAGGCCCUUUACAAGAAUUGGCUGCUGGCUACCAGAGUGGGAGUGAAGCUUGAGGAACAGAGAAGCAGUGAGGUCCAAGGGCCCAGCAUCUAAGGCCAUUGUAAACACUUUACAAGCAGGCAUGUGCUUUUCGGAUAUUGAAGAGGAACCUGUGGCUCCCCAGGUGUUGGAAUUCAACUCCCAUUAUCCCUGACCAUUGACCAUGUUGGCCAAGGCUGCAGGGAGUUGCAGUGCAGCCACGUCAGGUGGGCUUCAGGUUCCUCGUCCCUGUUUUAAAUGUGCUGACAACAUUGGUGUUACUAGACAGAGGCAACAGCUGUAUACCAGAUUCAAGAAGCUGUUUGAUAUUCCUUCGGUGUGCAUGUUAUUUCCUUGUAGCUUGUUGCAUAUCAUUAUUCAUGCCAUUCAAUACUCCUCUGCCUGUGUCUCCCUUUUGAAGGUCACUCAUGCUGCACUGUGGCUUCUGUAUGUUUCCUUUCUGUCUAAGCCUCCUUGUAAGUCAAAAACUGUCCUUGUUCUCAGGUAUGUGGCCAUAUCCCGGGAGGAGAGAGAACAGAACCUCAUGGCGUUCCAGCACAGCGAGAGGAUUUACUUCCGGACCUGUCGAGACAUCCGGCCAGGGGAGAGGCUAAGGGUCUGGUACAGCGAGGAUUAUAUGAAGCGAUUGCACAGCAUGUCUCAGGAGACCAUCAACAGAAACCUCACAAGAGGUGGGUGCCUUUCCCUUCCCCUUUUCUGUCUCUGAGUUUGUUCUAGCAUUCCUCUCUGACAAAGAUGGCUUCUGAAGCAGCUACAAACAUCUCUUUUUGGGUGACAGGGGGGUUAAAACCAGCAAACAAAACAUUCCAUAUCACAAAAUGACUGAAAUGAGCAGAAUGCCUGGUUGAAAUGAAAUCCAUCAAAUAGCACUGUUGGGGCUGUGUGUGUGUGUGUGCCAGCUGAUUUUAUGCCUGCCUGUGAGUCAGAAGCAUUAGGUCGAAAGAAAUGCCCUUUGCUGGACUGGAUUUUCUGGCUUGUGGUUCAUUUUGUAGGGUCCUCUUUCCGUUGCAAAAUAAAUACCUAGAGGGACUUCACAAUAUUACACUGGUGACAAAGAGCAGCAGGCAUUUAUACACAUCAGAGAUAUAUCUUUUUAUAUAAUAAAAAUGUAAGGAUGUCAUCAUGAGAGCCCUCGUUGGAGGAUUUGUUGAGCCACAUCACAAUCCUGGAAGUCUGGGUGGGGUGGGGGAGCAAAAGUGAAGGCAGGUUGCACAACAGCAAUGGCCAUGGAUUGGGAGUGAGAAGAGAGAGACACUGAGAGGGGAAGAGUGGUGAUUUAAAACAAUGGCAGAAGUUUGAGUAAAUCGGGGAUGGAGAGACAGCAAUGGCAGCAGGGGGUUGGCAAGUGAAGUGAAACACAGCCCCAGGUGUAGAGAUAGAUUGGUGGCAGUGCCCAUUAGCUGUUAAGGUAAUUUGAGGACAGGUUAUUUGCGGCGGGAAUUUCUGCCAAUAGUAGAGGAAUCUCCCCCUUUUCUUACAUGCGUUCUGUCCAUAGGCCAUCAGUCUAAGACUGACAGGUAUUUGCUGUAUGGGAACUGUGGGUUCCUUCCUAGAGCGAGAGCCAGCUUCCAUGAGUCAACCUGAAGGUGCUCCUCAACAGUCUCCAGCACUGAUGAAAGCGGUUGGGAGAGAAGAAUGGGGAGGAGGGACAAAGUUAAGUUGUGGUGGUCGCUUUUUCCUCCUGCUGCCUCCGCAACCCUUCGUGGGGUGUAAAAUAUUUUGCGUUCAUCGGUGCAAAAUGUAACAGGUGUCAUGGCCCCGCAGUAUGAGACGACGUUUGAAAGCGUGUGUGAGGGCAUCAUUCAGUUGGAAGUCUCUUGAACGGGACUCCGCAGAGUAGAAGGGCCCACACACUUCCACCCUGGUCUUGCGCAGCUGCAGUCCUGUCUUCUUUGGUUUCACUAAAAGAACUUUCCCAAGUUCCUAGCCAUGCCCAGUUCCGGGGGGUAGAAGUAAACACAGCAAAGGUAAAGGAAAGUCCUUUCUGACCAUUCCAAUAAAAGGAUCUCAGGUGUGUGUGGUGGUGGUGGUGGUGGUGGUGGUGUUGGGGAAUUGCCUGAAAUCUCAGAGAGCAAGUCAUUAUUGAACUAGGCAGGCCAAUGGUAUUUCUCAGAAUCAGGCAGUUCUGUAUAUCCUAUGGGCCAUGUGUGCAUGAGAACGUACUCUGCUGCUAAAUCACAAGUGCAGGGCGCAGAUGCUGAAUAAAAAGGUACAGUCUGGCACAAGGGUGUCUGUGGCACAGAGCUCUGUCUACAACUCGGGUUGGGCUUUAUGUGCAAAGACAAGCUAGAAAUAUUGUGUGUGUGUGUGUUUUUAAAAAAGUACAGAAAUACCUUGUCAGUGUCCGUUUCAUCACCACAAACCGCAACAGGAAAUCCUAUGCAGUCACCUCUUGAGUAUUCUUUCAUUGAAACACCCGUGUUCCAGAAACGGUUGACAUUCAUUUGGUUAAUGACAGCGCAAUAUAUUAUGUAAUUCUACACAUAGGAAGAGUAGCUGGAAGCCAAAUUCAGCAUUUGGCUUUUAAAAAAUUCAACACUAGAACAACGUGCAGAAUUCAUGCAUCUCCGUUUAAUGAGUAUUUUUCUUAAAAGUUCCUCGGCAUUUUGAUUUAAGAAAGUGGCUUCAAAUCUUGAUAGGGUCCAACUGGUGGAUACCCAAGAGUUCUUAAAUUUGGAUCUGAACUUGCUGCCUUCCUGACAAAAAUAGGCAAUCUUCCCCUGACUGGAGAUUAAUCCCAAUAUGGGGUUUAAUUGCUCGUAAUGGUGCAAUUCACAUUUUGGGGCGAUUGGCAGUCCUUCACCAUAGAAGAGUUCUUGCAGUUGUGGUGCAUUUUAUUGGUUGCCUUUUAUCUAGUACAUACUCUUCAUUGGUUAAAAGCUGUCCCCGAUUAAUUGGGCAGCACUUAAAAAAGUUAAGUAAUUUUGAUUCAAGAAUCUAUGGGUGCAGACAUUGCUGUAUAAAAGGCAUUGCCUCUUCUCUAUUCCAAAUGACCGUGAUGAUGGUUGCUGCAGAAGGUGCUUGCCUAACCUAAAAACAGAGAGGGGAUGCUUUUCUUCAGAAGCACUGCUUUAUUCAUAUGCAAAUGUAUACAGAGUCAAUUACUUAAUUGACUAAAACCACCAAAUGACUAAAAUAGCAACCUUUCUAUAAGGUGUGUAAAUUAAGUGCAUUUGCACAUAUUUAGUCAUUUCCCUUAAUUUGUUUGUCUCGUGUAGUUAGUCAUGGGGUUGAAAUUCAGAGUUGUGCAGAGCAGAAUUCCACAAAGUGGAUGCCCCUCUAGGCAGAAGAGGAGGGAUGUGAAUUUUGCUGAUUCUCUCUUCCCCUUGUAGUGUUACGUGCCUUACCCACCCACCCCACCCCCCAUCUGCUCUGGACGGUUGGGACACCCUCCAAAACAUCGUAGGAGGGGGAUGCAGGAGAAGAGGAAACAAGUGAAAAUUACCUCUCUCUGCCCACCCACCCACCCACUCCGGUCCAUUGGAGUAUCCAGUUUGCGCACAACUGCAGCAUGCACUGGAUCCAACUUACUUUUGUAAACAAAAAGGAGCUCUUCUAUUCACAGAAUAGCCCAUCUGGACCCAAACCAUAGCCCCUAAUACCUCCUAAGCCUGGCACCAAAGCUUUGCCUGCCACCACCUUCUGAGAUUCCAUCAAGUAGUCCCCAAACACAUUUUUAAUUUAAUUUUUCCUCCCAUGUGUGUUAGUAACGCGUUUUGUGUUUACAAUGAAGAUGGGUCCCCCAGGUUGAUUGAUUCUGUACUUAAUACCAAAUUACAUACUAUCAUCAGAUUACAUGCACUGCUGUCCAUAUUUAGAAUGGAAAUAGAAGCCCAGUUGUGAUCUACUCUUGUCCAAGAAUACAGUGUAAUUUGAAAGAAAAAAAAAUCUGCCAUGUCUAAUCUGGACCUGCAGCCAGUUGUCAUACCCUUAAAAACUAAUUAGGCUGUGGCAUGGGCUCAGUCUUGCCUGACUUCUUCAUCUCUAUAGCCAGACCCUAAGACUUGCGGCGUCAACAGAUAAAUGCUGAUAAUGAGGUGCCCAUGCGCCAUCACACUAUCUGGAAUUGUACUCACCUUCGUAGCAGCUUUAGACUUGCAGUUGUUCAGGACUUUGUUGCCAGCGUUUGAAAUUUCUAUAUAGCUCUUACAAAAGCACACACGUGUUUCAAAAUGAAAUAUAUAUACAUAGCAGCAUAAAACAGCACCUUGUUUGGGAAGCAACCAUGUGUCUUGAUGCUUGGAGUUAUUUGCAAGAUAAGAAGAAAGAUGGAAAUUGAACCAAACCCAUCAUCUUCUGAAUUUCCAGGUAAGGAUAUAUGGCUACUCCCUUUGUUUUAAGUAACUGCUAAUAUGCACAAUCUCUCCACUUUAUUUUGGUGAACUUUGGCUAGGGGCCAUACAUUUAGCAAUCUUGUCGGAACCAACCUUGGAGGUCACUCAGAAGUCCUACCUCAUUUUGCUAGUAAGUGAUAUGGGAAAUGAGAGUGAUUUCCUUGUGUUCUCACGCUUCCUGUCACUCUGGAAUAGAAAAAUGGUCCUUCACGCCUACAGGUUUCACAUGGAAAUCUCUGCAUCACACCCUUCAUGUAUUAUUUGCCGGAUACGUUUUACCAAGUAAAAGUUAUCUUUUCAACAAACCAACACAUUGAACAUUAUUGUCUCAUUCCAGCACAGGUUAGCUGCCUGUUAUUUUAGACCACCUUCCUAUAGUUUGUCUUCUCUUAAAACCAUCUGAGGCCUACUUCUGUAUGGCUGUCUCCUAGAGACUGUUUUCCCUUUUAAACAAAUCUCCAGUCUUAGGUUUCCUGAGACCCUCAUUCCAAUAAGUUUCCUUAUUGGUAAUGCAAACAUGUGAAAAAUGAAGAUUUGUGUGCUCCCAGUUUGCUUUUGCUUUGGGGUGAGGAAUGUUGCGGAAUUCCCACUGAUAAUUCCAACUCCUGAUUUUUUCUUUCUAGGAGAUAAAAAAUUACUAAGGGAAAGGUCAGAAAGAAAUCUAGAAAACCAAGACGAUAUGAGCUACCCCCUCGAGCUCACCACGUCAAAGCAAGGGAAGAGUUCCUACAAGCGCAGCUUUGAAGAAGGUGUGUCUCAACCCCAAACGAAGAAGAAGAAAAUAGACCUCAUCUUCAAAGAUGUUCUAGAGGCUUCUCUAGAGCCAUCAAAGAUGGAAGAGCACAAGGUGAUAAAGAAUUCUACUCCUUCUACUAGAAAGUCCUCCAGAUUUCAAGCGCGAGAUGCCUCGGAAGGUUGUGGGCCUGGUAUUCAUCACAGCUCUCCAAAUCACAGUAGAGGCAGGAAUGAGGGUGAGUGGAAAGUCCCCCGCAGCUCUAAAGACAUUGGCCUGCUGGAAGACGAAGGGGAAGAGGCCUUGUCAUUUAAAGUGAACAGCCCCACCGAUCUGUCUCUGGCAUCGACUCAGGAUGAUGCCCUUGAGAUCCCGACAACUUCAUUGUGUCCCAACUGUGUACGGUUGAAGAAGAAGAUUCGCGAGUUGCAGGCUGAACUAAACAUGCUAAGAUCUGGCAAGUUAGCCGAGGCACCUCUACUACCUCCUCAGGUACCUGAGUACCAAGCAUUUUCAUACCCCUCAGGUAAGUUACACACAAGAAAAGUGUUCCUCAAACACUGUAUAAGGAGUGCCAUUUUGUUUGACAUUCGUGACUAAAUAUGUUCCAGCAUUGAGUGUUCUGAGAAGCACCUGAGGUCUCGUUGGUGGGUUUCAUGAAGCAGGAACGUAGUCCUCUGAGCAAGUGGUCUUGGGAUUGUGACUGUAAUGAUGAAACAUGAUGUUUCUUUUCACUGUAAUCAGGCACCUUCAAUAAAAAAUUCCAUUGCAGCGAAUUUGUUUGCUGUAUUCUUGAUGCAUUCCCUUGCAGGAGAAAGAACAGCAUAUUGUUGUUUUUGAAUCUUACCUAGAAAUUGCAAUUGACUCUCUUAUGUUGAAUAUGAAAUAUACUGGCUUGUGGCAUGUGUGUGAAGUAUGUCAUUAAUAUUUUCCCUUUGUCUCUUUAUCUAAAGGAUUUUGUUGGUUGAAUGCAAGUGUGCAUUUCUUUAUGAAGCUCUUUUCGGGACAUGCUCUGUCAUUAAUGCCCUUUCGGGAAUAUGAAAGUAGUCAGAAUAUCAGAGUGGCGUUUGCUACCCAGGCUUGCAUGGACUCUUGGAAAUUAUGAUUUUAGAUAAUGAGGGGGGCUCGGAAUGUUUAUAAACCAAAAUUUACUCUAGUAACAUGUUCAUUUUUUGCUGCAAAUGGCAUGAGUAGCCAAGGGGGGCAUGUGGGAUAGUUGUCUAACAGUUUUGUGUUGUUUCUUACAACCCUACCUUAAACCUUCUCCAUUUCCCCCUCAUUUCUUUUCUUUCGCAGCUUCGGAAAGCAUCAUGUCUGUUCCCACCAUCAUGGAGGACGACGACCAAGAGGUGGAUUCAGCAGACGAAUCUGUCUCCAAUGACAUGAUAACAGCCACAGACGAGCCUUCCAAAUUGUCCGCCGUCACCAGGAGGAUUCGGCGCUUCAAGCAAGAGUGGCUCAAGAAGUUUUGGUUUCUGAGGUACUCCCCGACGCUCAACGAAAUGUGGUGCCACGUCUGCCGCCAGUAUACAGUGCAAUCCUCUCGGACUUCGGCUUUCAUCAUCGGCUCCAAGCAGUUCAAGAUACACACAAUCAAACUUCACAGCCAGAGCAACCUCCACAAGAAGUGCCUGCAACUUUACAGGCUCAGGAUGCACCCAGAGAAGACGGAAGAGAUGUGCCGAAAUAUGACUCUGCUCUUCAACACAGCCUACCAUUUAGCGAUGGAAGGCCGGCCCUAUUGUGACUUCAGGCCGCUUGCAGAACUACUGAGAAAGUGUGAGCUCAAAGUGGUGGAUCAGUAUAUGAACGAGGGAGACUGUCAAAUCUUGAUCCAUCACAUUGCGCGAGCUCUUAGAGAAGAUCUCGUCGAACGGGUCAGGCAAUCUCCCUUCCUCAGCAUCAUUUUGGACGGGCAGAGCGACGAUUUGCUUGCCGACACGGUUGCGGUUUACGUGCAGUAUAUCAGCAGCGAUGGGCCUCCGGCCACUGAAUUCCUCUCUCUCCAGGAGCUGGGCUUUUCUGCAACUGAUAGUUACAUCCAAGCGUUAGAUAGGGCUUUCUCUGCCCUGGGAAUCCGGCUGCAGGAUGAAAAGCCGAGUGUUGGUUUGGGAGUCGAUGGUGCUAACAUCACUGCCAGCCUUAGAGCUAACAUGUACAUGACAAUCAGAAAGACUCUGCCUUGGCUGCUCUGUCUGCCCCUUAUGGUACACAAGCCGCACUUGGAGAUAUUGGAUGCGAUUAGUGGGAAAGAGCUUCCUUGCCUGGAGGAGCUAGAGAACAAUCUGAAGCAGUUACUCAGCUUUUACCGUUACUCUCCCAGGCUGAUGUGCGAGCUGAGGGUCACUGCUGCUACUCUCUGUGAAGAAACUGAGUUUUUGGGAGACAUCAGAGCAGUGAAGUGGAUCAUCGGGGAGCAGAAUGUCCUCAACGCUCUGAUCAAGGAUUACUUGGAAGUGGUGGCCCAUCUCAAAGAUGUCAGCGGCCAAACACAAAGAGCAGAUGCGUCUGCCAUUGCCUUGGCUCUCCUGCAGUUCCUCAUGGACUACCAGUCAAUUAAGCUGAUCUACUUCCUGCUGGACGUCAUUGCUGUGCUUUCGCGCCUUGCCUUUGUCUUCCAAGGCGAAUACCUCCUUGUGUCGCAGGUGGAUGACAAAAUCGAGGAAGCCAUCCAAGAGAUCAGCAGGCUCUCCGAUUCCCCCGGCGAGUAUCUCCAGGAGUUUGAGGAGAGCUUUCGAGAAAGCUUCAAUGGCGUCGCUGUGAAAAACCUGCGGGUGGCGGAAGCCAAAUUCCAGUCCAUUCGAGAAAAGAUAUGCCAGAAGACCCAGGUGAUUCUAGCUCAAAGGUUUGAACCUCGCAGCCGGGCAUUUGUGAAAGCCUGCCAAGUGUUUGACCUCGCAGCUUGGCCGAGGAGCGCAGAGGAGCUUAUGAGCUAUGGCAGGGAAGACAUGGUGCAGAUUUUUGAGCACCUCGAAGCCGUGCCAACCUUUUCCACCGAAGUGAGCAGAGAAGGCACGGACCCCAGGGGGAGCUUGCUCAUGGAAUGGCGGGAACUCAAGGUGGAUUAUUAUACCAAAAAUGGUUUCAAAGAUUUAAUCGGCCACAUUUGUAAAUACAGGCAGAGGUUUCCUCUUUUAAACAAAAUCAUCCAGAUCCUCAAAGUUCUUCCCACCUCCACAGCCUGCUGCGAAAAGGGGCGCAAUGCCCUGCAGAGAGUGCGCAAGAACAAUCGUUCUCGGCUCACCCUGGAGCAGCUCAGUGACCUUUUGACAAUUGCUGUUAAUGGACCACCUAUUGCCAACUUCGAAGCCAAGAGGGCACUAGAUAGUUGGUUUGAGGAGAAAUCUAGCAAUAGUUACGCACUGUCUGCAGAAAUGCUGAGCAGGAUGUCCUCCCUGGAUCAGAAGCCAGUGCUGCAGAGCAUGGACCACGGGUCGGAGUUUUACCCUGAUAUUUAGCAAGGAAUGCCUCUCCUUUAGAAAGCUGUUGAAUCCCUUUUUUAAAGAAAAAAAAUCAAUACUCUAAGCUUUGAUAUAGUAUAUGAAAUAUAUAUAUAUAUUAUAUAUGUAUGUAUGUAAAGCCCAACACUGAAAAUUUAAAACUUAUCUGAUGGAAGCUAAGAGGAAUUUUUAUGAAUGAGACAAGACUUAACAUUUACUGACAUCUUCAACCGUGGCAGCUGCAAUGUAGGUGGCAACAUUUCAUUCUUCAGAAUCAUGUGCUGGGGCCAUAGUCUAUAUUUUCAAACUGAAUCGAUGUUAUAAGCUAGACGUGGCAGGCCAAUGUCAUCCUACUUCUCAUUAUGCUUCUGUGUGUAUGUCUUCUCUCUUUCUGUCUCUCCUUCUCUCUCUUUUUCUUUGUUAGUUAGCAAUUGAGCCAUUUCAGCCCUCUACUAAUGAUGCUUGGGAUUUUUGAGCCCAGUGCCUACAUUUUGGUAUUUCUUUUCCAGCUUCCCAAUUUUCACGUAGGCUAGAGUGGAUUCUUGCAGCUUCUUCUGGUGAUCUGGUUCAUUUUCUGUUGUUUCUGUCAAUUGGCCCAUGAUGCCCCUUCCUUGGUCUUAACCACCGGUGGGCAUUUUCAGUGUAAGGCAAAACCUUUUUUCUGCUACUCCUGUGAAAAUUCUACUAACGAUUCAUUUAUCUUACAAUAUUGAUAGCAUGUUCAGAUGAAAAUAGCAUAAUGCAGAAGAUGGGGAACUAUUGGGGUGGGUGGGGUGUUUUUGCAUUUAUAUUUUUAUAUAGUAGACAAUGAGAAAAAUUAAAUAAAACUCUUUACUGAAAACCCGGGCUGCUGUGGAAGCUAGAGAGCCAACGAGUCAAAGCUCCGUAACAGGGCAGGGACUCCAGGGCUUAAAAUAUGUAUGCUAAUUUUAUGUUAUUUAUACUCGGUCUUUAUCAUCAUAAAUGGGUUGUGUCUUUGUUUGGGUUUUUAUAACAAGUGAAAGAAAUGCCUGUCACAUUUCUGUGGCAGGGGAUAUCAAUGCAAGAUCCGUCGUUGAUUGUCGUCACAUGACAAGGUCCUCUUAGGGGUUCACAUAUCCUCCGUUGAGUAAGGUUUGAAGUUCAGUCAUCUGGCAAAAGAAAAAACGGAAUGCUGUGUUUAUUCCUGUGAACUGCUUCUUUCAAAGGGGUGCAUGGUAUGGCAACAUAUUUGCAGCUCAAAUAAACACAUCUGUGGAGAUUUUUUUUUUUUUUUACUACCCCAACGCUUAAGGUUAAAUAAGCCAAAAUGAGCACAAAACCUCCACUGCUGACUGUGCCUUGCCCUGCUAAUAUUGGAGAGGGCAGCACCACAACAAUAAUGGACAAUCACAGGAAUAAAAUGAUUUUUUUUGCCCGGAACUACUAGGAUGGCAUGUUUCCAGAGGGACUAACCUUAUGCCAGUCGGCAUUGUUUUGGAAAUACAGCAAUGACGUCAGUUACACUGAACUUUUCCAUAUCCCCUCUCUCCACACACACCCUGCCAUUUUCCUCCUGACCCUUCCUAUUGGUCUUGGUGCUAAAGUAUCUCUGGAACUGAUGCUGCUAGCUGCUAGCUUUUCAUUUACAUAAAUAUAUGAUUUUAUUUUUUAAACUGUACGUUUUCAGUGGUAAUGUAGCAUGUUGUUAAAGCAGUCUCUCUUAGGGUAUUAACUGCACCAGCUUCCUUCACUGUGUCUUUUCCUCCUCCUCUCUUUUUGCUCAGUGGAAAUGUCCUGGGAAUAAUCUUUUAGCAUUGUUCCCAUACAUGCGCGAUUCUUAUAUCCAGGACUCAAAGCUCAUUCCCUCCACCCCGCAACUGCUCAAUGAAAAACAAAGAAAACCCCAGAUACCUUGAUGUGUUGUCAUACAAAAGAACUAGGGAUAGAGGCUCUGUGCUUUGUGGCAUCUCCAAGGGAUUGUAAAGCAGUUGGAGCUGUUAAGAGAACUCAGCCUGGCUGCCUCCAGACAAAAGGAAAGCGGGGUGGGAGGGAAGAUAGCUGGAGGAUUUAGUGAGUCGUCUUAUGACAAAUGCACAACAGUAGCAUAAGAAGCGGCACAUAGGCAAAAAUAGAAAGAUGAUGGGUUGAAGCAGUGGUUUUCAACCAGUGUGCCAUGGCACCCUGGGGUGUCUUGAAUGAUGGCCGGGGUGCCACGGGCAAUACUGGCCUCUGUCCCUCUUUCCUUCCCUCCCUCCUUUGAUGCCCUAUCACGUCUCUGCCUCCCAAAGGCUUGCACAACUGUUUGUUGCAGCAGCCCUGGCUGACCAAGGUGUGCUUCCCAGGCCCCUGUGGGACAGUGUGAGGAGGCACCUCUCUUUGGGGCAGGGGGGGCAUCUCAGAAACCGGGGGAGGCAGCUCUAACUGCCUGGCGGACUCUCAAGGAGAGGGGAGUGGUGAGGAGGCUGAGGAACACUGCACAAGGGAGGGUGUUUGAAAAGCGCCGAGGGGCUCCUGCCUCUGCAGGCAAGGGGUGACACAACUGGGCUCCUGAGCCGCACAGGGGUGCCACAGAAAGAAUGCAGUUGGACAAGGGAGCCGUGGACCCAAACAGGUUGAAAACCUCUGGGUUGAAGAAUGAGCCAGAGGGAGAAGCUCUGGGGUAGGACAGUUGUAAUUGUAUAGGAGUUAGUGCUUUUUUAAAAAUGUGGCACUGACUUCCAUAUGAAAGCAGGGGGUCCGAGCAGGAAUUGAGAAACUAUCCUAGGCAAUCAGGGACAGCAAACAGAAUCAGGUGCAGAUUGCAGCAGCUCUUUGUACAGAAAAAGAACAACUGGUGCAGAUAUACCUGUGGUCCAGCCCUCGCCGACUCGGUGCCCUCCUUCAGCUUUGGACCACAACUUGUAUCAGCCCUGGCCGAAAGUGGAGAGCACGAGGUUGGCGAAGGCUGCUUUAGUCACUUCCACUGCCGGGGUUCAUGCACUGCCUUCUCACUCUGCACACAGAUACGCACAUACACACACACACUUGACAAGUAGCAUUUUAUGUUGGGCUUUAGAAAUUCCUUGUCUGCAAUAUUACCUGCUUUGGGCUGAUGGUAGGGAGUGAGACUGAUGAGCACAGAAGGAAGAUUUGUUAGGAAAUGUUAAAAGAGUUGCGUAGUUUUGAUAAUUUUUGACAGCGGUUAGGGCAUCGUUGGUAUUAAAGCUACAAUGGCAACUUAAUGUAGAAUGUUUUUACAUGAUGCUAUUCUAAGCAUAGAAACAACUGCUGGGAUUUGGAGAGCCUUGGUGUGACCCAAGGCCAACUACAUACCAUGGGUGAUGAGAGAUUAGUAUUGUCAGCAUACGUUUGCACAACUAAGAGGCUUCCAUUCACCCUUGUGUUGGUUUACUGGUGAUAUUAACUCCAAGAGAGUGGUUACCACUCACUGAAGUGGGGGGUGGGGAGUAUAAAUGCUUUGCUUCUAUAUUCUUACUGUCAGUGGUUUUUGGCCAUUUUAUAGGCCCUGUAGAUUAUGACCCAGCUGUCCCAAUACUCAUAAUCUGGUUGUUUUAAUUGGUUCAUUUCAGAUAAGUAACAGAGGCUCUGGUGGAAACGAUGAUAAGGCUGGAUAAAGACAAUUUCAGAAUUUAGAAGACGGUUUGUUAUUUGAAGCACUCCCGAUGUGUGCUAAUGUUAGAGUGCGUACACUAGACAGUGCCUAAGGUGAAUCCAACCACAAUUUAUAUUAAGAAACCAUUUCGGUAUAUGGUUUCUGAAACAUUGUUCCUCAGACUGAUAGCUCAGUCGGUAGAGCGUGAGACUCUCGGGGUCGUGGGUUUGAGCUCCACGUUGGAGAGGGUUGGGCCAGAUGACCAUCAUGGUUCCGUCCAACACUAUGAUUCUAUGAUUCUUAAAGUAAGAACAAUUGGCCGAGGGCUAGGUAAUCUGCAUUUUGCUUUGCCUGUUAUCCCUCUUCAUUAUUGGUCUGAAGAAGAAAUAAUUUGCUAGGACACUGGUUGUUUUUAGCCUCUUUGGGAAGAGAGUAAGAUGCUACUCAUUAAAUGUUCAUGAGCUCACCUGGAUAAUUCCUCUUCUGUAGUUGCUUAUAUUCAGGAGAUAUGUUCUUGUGCUCUGAUGCUCAAGCAUCAACGGGUUGCAGGAGGCAUAAUAUUAAAUCGCCUGUAGGGUAUGCCUAGAAUGUUGUGUAAAUGGGCAAGAAAAUGAAAUAUUUGCAAUGACCAGCAUGCAGAGAACAGAAAAUGGCACAGGCUUCUGUGAAAGCUUCCUCUUCUCUCCCAUUUUGGGGUUUUCAGAGCAGUCUGUUUGUGUGUGUGUGUGUGUGUGUGUGUGUGUGUGUGUGUGUAAACAUUUGGCCAUACUGUAAUACAUGCAGAACACAAUCCAGUUUAAAUUAAGCAAUUUUAAAUCUUUGUUUCAGUGAAAGAGGCAAUCAGGUGCUUAAUUCACUCGCAUUAAAAUCAGUGGUGCUUAACUGUGGCUGGGCCAUAUUUUACAUCAUCUGCCACUAUUUUUCCCCAUAGUGUUAGUAGUUUAACUAUAAAUAGAUAAUCCAGGUUGGUUAAAAUGAGACUGAAAUCCUCCAUGGCUUGGUUUACAUUCACAGUCUUACCUGUGAUGUUAUACAUGUGAUAGGUUUCCACAUAUGAGCUCCAAAAUUACAAAACCGCUUAUUGCUUUUUUAAUUUCAUCUACAAUCUGCCAUUCAGAGUCAAAGUUCUCUCCAUUCAAUGAAAAUGUUCCCUAUCUGAAAUUAUUUUACUACCAAAAUACAUCAAUUACAGUGGUACCUCAGGUUAAGAACUUAAUUCAUUCCGGAGGUCCGUUCUUAACCUGAAACUGUUCUUAACCUGAAACACCACUUUAGCUAAUGGGGUCUCCCGCUGCCACUGCACCGCCGCGCAAUUUCUGUUCUCAUCCUGAAGCAAAGUUCUUAACCCGAGGUACUAUUUCUGGGUUAGCGUAGUCUGUAACGUGAAGCAUCUGUAACCUGAAGCGUAUGUAACCCGAGGUACCACUGUAAACAUGCCUGCAUCUUUAAGCCCCUGAAAGCAUGUUGCACCUUGUAAUGGACUGUUUAGUUAAAUCAAAAGAUGAAAAGUAUUACUUAAAUAAAACCCUAGCUCUGUCAAAAUCACAUCCACUUCAAUGAAGACAUAAUUUUCUUAUCAUAAGAUUUGGUUGCACACUUAGUAAUUUGACCAGUCGUCAAGAAUCCAACCUGUUAAUGCUAUGCAAAAUGGUAUUUGUUGGUAUCCUAUUAUGAAGAAAAAAAUUGCUAAAUAUUCUAAAGUACAGGGACAACAUAAGGACUUGAUGAAUGUGUGAUCAUACACAUGUCUUAGUUAGGGUAUGCAUAUCAGCAGCCAGGUAAAUAAGAAUGCUGGCUGAAGAUUGCAUUGUGAAUGUUGUACUUCCAGGUAAAACAAUGUUGUAUUACUGUUGUGUAUCACUUUUGCGAGGAGGGGUGCUGCCUCCAACAGUUGUGUUGAAUAGAAUAUUUGUCUAUGCUCAGUUGCUAUGAUUUAGCUAUCUGUUUGGUCACAGUCAAACUAAAUAGAGGCUGGGAAAAGAGGACACUAGAGGGCGUCUGGUGUUAAGACGUUUGUGGAUGUGUAGCACAGCCAAAUAGCACAAGAGAAGGAAGCUAUUGCCUGCGUUUGAUGGUACUUCAAAAUGCCUUGUAUAGGUUUCUCCUGCAGUGAGGAGAUAAAAAGGAGCCCGGCUCAAAAGUAUCCAAUUCUAGGAGAUCCAACUGGGAUCGGGAAUCCUGUCACAUUCAGGCAAUGGAUGAUGACGAUUAUGGAUGUGUGAUCUCUUAAAUCUCUAAACCAGAGUUUCCCAAACUUGGGUCUCCAGCUGUUUUUGGACUACAAUUCCCAUCACCCCUGGCCACUAGUCUUGCUAGCUAGGGAUGAUGGGAGUUGUAGUCCAAAAGCAACUGGAGACCCAAGUUUGGGAAGCACUGCUCUAAAUGAUAAAAAGAUACGGCUUGUAAUAAAUUCUUCCUUCUUGCUGAGCACCUGAUUGAUUCAUCUGUUCAUAUCUAUAUCUGUACUUUAACUUGUGGAGUUCUAACUCUAAGGAGGUCUCAUUGCAGAUCUCCCCGCUAUCUUUUAUAACUCAGGCUCUUCUACAGAUGUAUGUGUCUGUUUGUCAGAAACACACUAAGCUCGCACUGAUGCUACCUUGCAUGCAGACUGCCAAGGGUGCACAAAAGUCAAAUUGCCAUGGGAUUGUGGUAAGGAAACAGAAAGCCAAAGCUUCCUACAUUAGCAAAGCACAGUGAGGACACAAGCAUAGAAUCAUAGAGCUGUAGAGUUGAAAGGGACCCCAAAGGUCCUCUAGUCCAACCCCGCUGCAAUACACAAACAGUGCAGACAUGUAUAGUUCUGGCACACUUUUGGGCUAUCAGUUGACCUUUCUGUUAGCCAGUUGUCUGCAGUUCUGCUGGUCUGGACUCUCAGUGGCCAUUCAGAGAUACUGAUCCCACAUCAUAAACACAGCCACUAAGACAGAGCUUGCAGAGCCUAUGACCCUCCAGAUCUCAACAGUCUACAACUCCCGUGGAUGCCUGAUCAUUGUCUAUUUGGGCUGGGGCUAUGGGAGUUUUAACAAUGUCUGCAGGGCUGCAAGCUAGCUACCUCUGCAGUGAGAGGUUUUUCAGGUUAUGUUUCAGCUAAUGCUAUGUUUCAGCUCAUAAGAUGGGCCUGUUAUUUGUAUAGCUAAGACACGCAUUGGGUUAGUAGCACCCCUUGAUGGCAAAAGUCUAUCUCAGAAACAGUAGAAUACCGGUACUAUGCAAUUCCUGUGUCCGUCUGGAGGCAAGUGAAAUAUGUAUGCAUGAAACCUGAUUUAAGUCUACAAUGCAUCCUCUUGAAAGGGGCGGACUAAGGGGCAGAUGUGAGCCUUGAAGUCCUGUUGCUUCCAUUGGGAUUUCAUCGCACCUGACUUCCUCUGGACUGCCCUCAUUUGGCAUUGACCCAGCUAAAUUCAAGCACUUUUAACAUUUUACUGAUUUUCAAGGGGAAAUUCCAAUUAAAACCAGUGGGGCAAAGGACUUUGGCUAGACAUAAUCUAUACACAGCCUGUCCCUAUAUAGCAACCCAUGUACAACACACGAUGUAAGAAAUGAAUCCACAUGCCUAUAUAUCACUAUAUAAGACUGUAUAUUUAGAUAUGUAUCUGUUUUCAAUAGAUAUAAAUAUGAAAUUUAGGGAGAAAAUAGGUUGUCCUAUUGCAAAUGAAGACCCUGCAUUUUGGGGAGAGGCAUAAAGUACUUAAGGCUAAAAUUUGGCUGGUAAGCAUGGCAGCUUGCCAAAUGAAGCCUAUGAUAGCAAUAGUGGGACCAUCUUGCAAUGGAUGCGGGUGAACAUUUCAUCUGUUUUGUGUGCUGACACGGACAGUAAAUGCCUUUAGCUAAGACGUAUCUGACCCAGUUGCGCACUUUCCCCCCUCUGCUUGUUUUGACUUUCUGAGUGCAGGCUGAAAUGUAGCUUGUGCUCUCCCCACCGUUCCAGUUUGUAUUGUUCAAUGGCCAGCAAAGCAGAAUUGUCCGAUGAAUUUGGAGUGCAGUCCCUGGAGGCGGAAGGCCGAGUCCCAUUGCCGUCAGUGAGCGGUACUUGAUGCUCUGUUUAGGGUAGGGAUGCAGCGUUCAUUUGCACAAGGAACAGAGUGUAGUCGAAGAAGAAGAGAGAUGGGUGGCAUCCCAGCGGUUGUUGGACUCCAUCUCCCAUGGGCAUCUGUGACCAUGAGAGCUGUAGUCCUGCAGUAGGUGGAGAGCCACAGAUUCUCCAGCCUCGGUACACAGCGAGGAGGUUUAGCACAAGAAGAAAAAGCUCUGAGUGCAGUGAUUAAAAUAGGUAAAUUGAUUUAGCUGGUGAAUCUGUGCAGCUGCAUUGUUGCUCCUCGGCUACUACCAUCUUGUCUGGCUGCUUUUCAAAGAGCUGCUGCUUUUUUCAUUGUUAAAUGAGCAAAUCAGAUAGCUUUCAGGGUGGGCAGUGGAGUUGUGUCAUUAGAGAAUACUGCAGCCUGAAUGCUCAUUUUUAUUUUUAUUUUAUUGGUGUUGGCAAUGAGGCAUUAUGACUAGACCACUCCAGCAAAACAAUGUUAAUGUGAUGAUACCCUUUUUAAUAUGAAUGGCAGAUCCAAGCCACCGUUUCCAGAGACCGUCCUUUGUGAAAUACCAGCUGGACGGCCUCUUGCUCUUCUCUGGGCAAAGCCAUUAGGAUGAAGUUAGCACAACUACUUCAUACCAGGAAGAGGCGGGAGGAUAAAAUGGUUUUGGACUUCCCUCCAUACAGACACUAUGUAAUGACUUGCGCAAGUUUUUUGAGAAAGACAAAUAUUACUGCUAUUGGGGGCUCGGGGUGGGGGGUGAAUGUGGGAACAGUUUUUCCUCAACCGACUACUUGCACUGACUGGUGUUGCACAGCUACACAUUUAGAGAGCUUGUGCCACACUCACUCUCACACACACACACUCUUAUGGUGAUGAUGCAGGCAAUGUGCGUCAGGCCUCUGUCGCCACCACACAACUCUGGAAACCCACCUCAGUUACAAACCUGGCCUACCUGAACCCCUGCCCCCUGCCCCCCAACCAAGCUUCAGGACUGUAGAGUGUAAUCCCAUAGAAUAACAGCUACCUAGAAAACAUGAUCCUCAGGACUGAACCUCAUGGAUAAGUUACCUUCUCAUGGCUACUGGACUCUUUACCAGCCUGCAAGCUGCCAACAAGGCACCCUCGCUCUGUAAAAUAUUUUUUUUUAUAAAAUCUGUCAGGCACUUCACCUCAUGUAUAGAAAAAACCUUCCCAGCCACUGCUGGGGAGACACAUCACUCAAACUGUAAUUUUAGAAAUGCAACAGGAGGGCUGUCGGACUUCUCCUUUUCAGGCGUCCCCACAAACUCACUUUACGAAGAAUCGAGGAGGUGUGUGAAGAUAACCUCCUCGCAUUUUGCCUUUCCCCUCUUUCCCUUCACAACCCCGUCCCCAACUGUUAGCUUGAACCAUGCACACAUGUAAAUGAGGGGAGGGGAGAAACAAUCUAGAAAUCUUAUUAUUACAUAUGUAUUAAAAUGUUAAUAUCACACUUUUUCUGACAAUGUUUUAAAGAAAAGAAAAAAAGUUAUUACUUUGCGGACUGUGCUUUAUAGUACCUGUGUGAAAGAGGCUAGGACACUGGAUACGAAUAGAGCUAUGUUGAUAUAUCCCUAGUAUGUACACGAGAACUUUCUUUUUGUCAUACAUUAUACUUGUAAUGUAAGAUGAUUAUUAAUAAAAAAAGAAACACUUCAGUUUAUCAAG